CUAGUUAACAGGAGGAUGGUUAAUGGUGAAAUGAGAGCUCAGUCUUUUGUUUCCCAAAGUUAUAAACAGUAUAAUGUAAUGCUCCGUGUAUGGUGUUGUCUUUAACCUUUGACCCCCUGUCCUGUGUGUGUCCCCUGCUGUCCCUGCAGGUGUAACGGUGGUGGAAACAGAGAGCGGCAGUCAUGGUGGCCCUGUCACUGAAGAUUGGCGUGGGGAACGUGGUGAAGACCAUGCAGUUUGAGCCCUCCACGAUGGUGUACGAUGCCUGCCGUAUGAUCAGGGAAAGAGUCCCCGAGGCACAGCUGGGCCAGCGUGAGUACACACACACACACACACACACACACACACACACACACACCUCGGACACAAACUCACCCAUGGACUUCGGACACACACACACCACGCCGAUACACACUCUUAUACACAUAUAGUUUUGAUCGCCACACACACACCACAGAUACUCCUAUACAAACACACACACGUAUAGUUUUAGUCAUGUCUACGCCUACACCACGUUCUAGCUCUUCUUCUUCUCUAAAGGUCAUUUAGAGUUCACCAAGAAUAGUUCUGUCUAUGAAGAACUAAACAUUUUGUUUAAUUAAUAUCGAUUAAACUAUGAUUACGUGGCCAUUAUGUGUGACUCAAACUUAAAUUGAAGUUUAAUUAAAAUCCAGGAAUAAUUUCACUCUUGUCUAAAACGUUAUCUUCACUGUCAAAUGCUAAUUUGUGCAGGAGUAUGCAUCAACAGUCUGAAACGGGCCGAUGGUGUAUAACCCAAUGCGGAGCUGUUAAGCUAUUCAGUUUAUCAGUCCAGUGCAGCUUCCUGGGAUGUUGACAAACUAGAGCCGCUGUCUUUCAAAAUCACUCAUUUGACAACAGGAGAUUAGAUAGGAAUGAUUUAUGCUUGUUUCUGGAUCCCUUUUGCAAUCUGCUGUGGCACAGGCCAACAGACUCCUAUAAAUGCUAGCGCUUCUCACUAAACCAAUACUGACAGUGAACUAUCUACUACAGACUUGAGCAGCUGUCUUUAAUAACAACCAAUAUGACAACAGGAAAUUCAAAGAGAUGGUGAAUGGGUCUCUUGUAGGGCUGGGAAUUGCCAGGGACCUCAUGAUAUUAUCACAAUACGAUAUCUUUUGUCUAUAUGUAUUGCGUUUCGAUACUGUGAUUUUAUUGCGAUUCGAUGUUCCAAACAUAUUGCUCGACAUACACUGCCGUUCAAAAGUUUGGGGUCACUUAGAAAUGUCCUUGUUUUCCAUGAAAACAUACAUUAAAUGAGUUUGAAUAGGAAAUAUAGCAAAAUGAAUAGGACAUGUAGUCAUUGACAAGGUUAGAAAUAAUGAUUUUUAAUUGAAAUAAUAAUUGUCCUUCAAACUGCUUUCGUCAAAGAAUCCUCCAUUUGCAGCAAUUACAGCCUUGCAGACCUUUGGCAUUCUAGUUGUCAAAUUGUUGAGGUAAUCUGAAGAGAUGUCACCGCAUGCUUCCUGAAGCACCUCCCACAAGUUGGAUUGAUGGGCACUUCUUACGUACCAUACGGUCAAGCUGCUCCCACAACAGCUCAGUAGGGUUGAGAUCCGGUGACUGUGCUGGCCACUCCAUUAUAGACAGAAUACCAGCUGACUGUUUCUUCCCUAAAUAGUUAUUGCAUAGUUUGGAGCUGUGCUUUGGGUCAUUGUCCUGUUGUAGGAAUUUGGCUCGAAUUUGGCUCGAAUCAAGCGCCGUCCACAGGGUAUGGCAUGGCGUUGCAAAAUGGAGUGAUAGCUUUCCUUCUUCAAGAUCCCUUUUACCCUGUACAAAUCUCCCACUUUACCACCACCAAAGCACCCCCAGACCAUCACAUUGCCUCCACCAUGCUUGACAGAUGGCAUCAAGCACUCCUCCAGCAUCUUUUCAUUUGGUCUGCGUCUCACAAAUGUUCUUCUUUGUGAUCCGAAUACCUCAAACUUCGAUUAGUCUGUUUUUCCAAUCUUCCUCUGUCCAGUGUCUGUUCUUUUGCCCAUCUUAAUCUUUUCUUUUUAUUGGCCAGUCUGAGAUAUGGCUUUUUCUUUGCUACUCUGCCUAGAAGGUCAACAUCCCGGAGUAGCUUCUUCACUGUUGACGUUGAGACUGGUGUUUUGCAGGUACUAUUUAAUGAAGCUGCCAGUUGAGGACCUGUGAGGCGUCUGUUUCUCAAACUAGACAUUCUAAUGUAUUUGUCCUCUUGCUCAGUUGUGCACCGGGGCCUCCCACUCUUCUUUCUAUUCUGGUUAGAGACAGUUUGUGCUGUUCUGUGAAGGGAGUAGUACACAGCGUUGUACGAGAUCUUCAGUUUCUUGGCAAUUUCUCGCAGGGAAUAGCCUUCAUUUCUCAGAACAAGAAUAGACUGACAAGUUUCAGAAUAAAGUUAUUUGUUUCUGGCCAUUUUGAGCAUGUAAUCAAACCCACAAUUGCUGAUGCUCCAGAUACUCAACUAGUCUCAAGAAGGCCAGUUUUAUUGCUUCUUUAAUCAGCACAACAGUUUUCAGCUGUGCUAACAUAAUUGCAAAAGGGUUUUCUAAUGAUAAAUUAGCCUUUUAAAAUGAUAAACUGGGAUUAGCAAACACAACAUGCCGUUGGAACACAGGACUGAUGGUUGCUGAUAAUGGGCCUCUGUACGCCUAUGUAGAUAUUCCAUUAAAGAUCAGCCGUUUCCAGCUACAAUAGCCAUUUACAACAUUAACAAUGUCUUCACUGUAUUUCUAAUCAAUUUGAUGUUAUUUUAAUGGACAAAAAAAUUGCUUUUCUUUCGAAAAGGACAUUGAACGGUAGUGUAUGUCUGCUGCAGAGAGACAAGAGAGCCAUGAGAAAACGAGUUUUGAAAUAAAAGUGCUAUACAUGUUGAAAACAAAUUGGCUCCCUCUUAAAAAGAAGAUGGAGAACAAGCGGUAAAGGAAAAAUGCUGGAAUUUUCGUGCAGGUACAGAAAACGAGCGCAAAAAUAAUAUUGUCACAUUGCCAAAAUGAUACGAUAUUUCGUCAAAAAUAAUAUCCCGACAUGCAACUGUAUCGAUUUCAUCCCCCGUCUCUUGAAACUCUGCAGUAAUCCAAAGGGAUGCGUCCCAAAUGACACCCUAUUCCCCAUAUAGUGCACUACUUUUUGACCAGAGCUCUGUGGGACCUGGUCAAAAGUAGUGCACUACAUAGGGAAUAGGGUGUCAUUUGGGACACACCCAAGCUCUUGCAACAAACAUUACGCAAAGAAUUGUGAAAGCAAACAAUUUCAUGCCUCCACACCCAUCUUUCCUCAUACAGACAUUUCUGUGUUCACGGACUUCAUCGUCUUCUCAUUGAAUACUUGCCGUGCAGUUGAUUUCCCUGAGGCCUUGAAGGGUUGAUGACUUAUACCGAGGGUCAUAUGGCCUGCUCAACCUUUCCAUGUUAAAAUGUCCAUGAAUGACUGCUGAGCAGAUGCAGUGUUGAUAUGUGAAGGAGGAUAUUUCAGUGAUCCAGGGUCUGGAUACUCGAGAAUUCACCCUUUUUGCAUCUUUAAUGUUCGAAGAUUUUGUCAGUCUCCCUCCCCUAUUUCAAGAUUCCUUAAUCCCCAUCUCAUCAUCUCAUUGCCAUAACAGCUCAAUGAUGCAGACUGGUUGGAAUUCAAAAAUACGAUCACUGUCUGUUUUUAUACUUCCUUGUUGACAUCAGGUCCUGCCAAAAAAUACCUAUUGGUCCAGCGAAAAAUAACUGGAGUGAGAAAAAAAUAUCUUCAGGAAGCCCAGAAAUGUCUCAAGUUGAAUAUAACAAAGACAACUGUGUCCCUUAUCGAAAGGAACCUCUCCGUCUCUGCUUUCCAAUGUGCCUCGGUUAGGGGUUACGUAUGAAGCUGUGUGCUGUUACAUAAGUGAUUCUCCCUUCCUUACUUGUCCCAACCUGUGAGUAAUUUUCCACUUUGAGAGCAAGAGAGAGCGAGAGAGAGAGAAAAGAAAGAGGGAGGAUGCGUCUUGGCCAACAUCAACAGCUAAUAUGGAAUGUUCAGCGUCUGAAAUGGCCAGAUUCCUUCAGUCCUGGCAGGCUGUGCUGGCUAGGCACCUUUCAGGGCCUAGAGGGACAAGAAGUACCAUUUUGAAACUUGGAUUUAAUCCACUUAGUGCUGAGCAAUUUUUGCUUUUUGAGGUUGGUUCGGUUUUGGUUCGAUUUAUUAAAAGAUUAUCACGUUUUUGGUUUCCAUAUUAUUAUUUUUUACAUGAUGGUAGUGACUGCUCAUUACUGCUUAUCAUUUUUACAUUUUACAUUUUAGUCAUUUAGCAGACGCUCUUUUCCAGAGCGACUUACAGUUAGUUAGUGCAUACAUUAUUGUAAAUCUAAAAUGUAAAUGUAAAAUUAUUUAUUUUUCAUACCCCCUGUGGGAAUCGAACCCACAACCCUGGCGUUGCAAACGCCAUGCUCUAUCAACUGAGCUACAUCCCUGCCGGCCAUUCCCUCCCCUACCCUGGACGACGCUGGGCCAAUUGCGCGCCGCCCCAUGGGUCUCCCGGUCGCGGACCAGGAUCUCUAGUGGCACAGCUAGCACUGCGAUGCAGUGCCUUAGACCACUGAGCCACUCGGGAGACUAUCAUUAUCCCUUAUUACUGAUCAUUUAUUCACAUUAAUUUACUUUAAUAAAAUAUUUCAGUUGUUGUCUGCUGAAUACCAACUAUCAAUCACUUAGAUCAUGUAUUUAUAUGUAUGUAUGUAUUUGUGUACAUAUAUACAUACAGUGCAUUCAGAAAGUAUUCAGACCCCUUGACUUUUUCCACAUUUUGUUACGUUACAGCCUUAUUCUAAAAUGCAUUAAAUUGUUUUUUUCCCCCCUCAUCAAUCUACACACAAUACCCCAUAAUGACAAAGCAAAAACAGGUUUUUAGACAUUUUUGCGAAAAAUGAAAUAAAACUGAAAUAUUACAUUUACGUAAGUAUUCAGACCCUUUACUAAGUACUUUGUUGAAGCACCUUUGGCAGUGAUUACAGCGUUGAGACUUCUUGGGUAUGACGCUACAAGAUUGGUACACCUGUAUUUGGGGAGUUUCUCCCAUUCUUCUCUGCAGAUCCUCUCAAGCUCUAUCAGGUUGGAUGGGGAGCGUCGCUGCACAGCUAUUUUCAAGUCUGUCAGAGUGGCCAAUCGGGUUCUUGGUCACCUCCCUGACCAAGGCCCUUCUCCCCCGAUUGCUCAGUUUGGCCGGGCGGCCAGCUCUAGGAAGAGUCUUGGUGGUUCUAAACUUCUUCCAUUUAAGAAUGAUGGAGGCCACUGUGUUCUUGGGGACCUUCAAUGCUGCAGAAAUGUUUUGGUACCCUUCCCCAGAUCUGUGCCUUGACACAAUCCUGUCUCGGAGCUCUACGGACAAUUCCUUUGACCUCAUGGCUUGGUUUUUGCUCUGACAUGCACUGUCAACUGUGGGACCUUUAUAUAGACAAGUGUGUGUCUUUCCAAGUCAUGUCCAAUCAAUUGAAUUUACCACAGGUGGACUCCAAUCAAGUUGUAGAAACAUCUCAAGGAUGAUAAUUGGAAACAGGAUGCACCUCAGCUCAAUUUCAAGUCUAAUAGCAAAGGAUCUGAAUACUUAUGUAAAUAAGGUAUUUCUGUUUUUUAUUUUUUUUAAUACAUUUGGUCAAAUUUCUAAAAACCUGUUUUCACUUUGUCAUUAUGGGGUAUUGUGUGUAGAUUGAUGAGGGGGAAAAAAGAAUUUAAUCAAUUUUAGAAUAAGGCUGUAACGUAACAAAAUGUGGAAAAAGUCAAGGGGUCUGAAUACUUUCCGAUCAUGUAUUUUCAGGUAGAGAUACCUCGCCAAGUAACUACCAGGACAUCCAUCUCAAGCCCCCUCAUCAAUCUCUAAUACCCUUUCUCUCAUUUCUCUUCCAGCCACUGACUACGGUCUGUUCCUGUCCGAUGAGGACCCCAAGAAAGGCAUCUGGCUGGAGGCAGGCAAAGCCCUGGACUACUACAUGCUGAGGAAUGGGGUGAGUCAGUCAGUCACAGCUGACUGCUAUGGGACCCAAUUCACUUCAAGGCUGUCCUUUCCGCAUCUCCUUCCAUUCAUGACCACUGAUAGAUGAAAGCACUGGAUAGGCUUCAGCCAUGUUGCUCUCCCUCCUGAAGGUGAGGUGGUCAGGAAAGAGCUAUUGGGGUCUUUUGAGAAAUAUCGGCAGUAUAUUCCACAACACCUACAGAGACGACACCGACAACUGUUGUCAGCGAUAGAUGUACGACAAAAUGAUCCGUUUAUUUUCUGUUACCUAUUGGUUGUAGACUCACAACACUGAACUGGCGACCAACAAACGUCAGUGGUAAGCUGCACCAGUGACGACUGGGUUUAGAAAGCCUGAAACCUAAACCUGUCUGGACAUGCUGUAUUUGACACUACAAUGCAAAUCAAUCACAAAAAUACCCAUAUAUUUUUAUAAGAACAUUUGAGACAUACUGUAUAGUCAGUCAGUUUGAGACAUACUGUAUAGUCAGUCAGUUUGAGACAUACUGUAUAGUCAGUCAGUUUGAGACAUACUGUAUAGUCAGUCAGUUUGAGACAUACUGUAUAGUCAGUCAGUUUGAGACAUACUGUAUAGUCAGUCAGUUUGAGACAUACUGUAUAGUCAGUCAGUUUGAGACAUACUGUAUAGUCAGUCAGUUUGAGACAUACUGUAUAGUCAGUCAGUUUGAGACAUACUGUAUAGUCAGUCAGUUUGAGACAUACUGUAUAGUCAGUCAGUUUGAGACAUACUGUAUAGUCAGUCAGUUUGAACGUUGGUACUAUGAUACUGAUGAUAGUACCCACAUGGUGGUCCUCUGUAGCUCAGUUGGUAGAGCAUGACAAUUGCAACGCCAGGAUAGUGGGUUCGAUUCCUGGGACCACCCAAGCUUAAACAAUUUAUACACGCAUGACUGUAGGUUGCUUUGGAUAAAAGCGUCUGCUAAAUGCCAUAUUAUAAUGUUUUAUUAUGAUGCUAACAGUUCUACGAGGGAUCUAUCUAGCUAGCUAGCUAGCUGAAGUAUUGUCUAAUGGAUGUGGUUUAUAAAUAAUUGUGGUUUAUAAUUAACAAAUGUGAUCUAGUAAAUGUGAAUGUGCCCUCUGAGCGGAACACUUAGAAAAUAUGUAUUUUCAACAUAUUGUGCUCACUGGGUGGUUUAUCAGGAAAAACAUGUGAAUGUGGUUUAUCAGGACAAACAUGUGAAUGUGGUUUAUCAGGACAAACAUGUGAAUGUGGUUUAUCAGGACAAACAUGUGAAUGUGGUUUAUCAGGACAAACGUGAAUGUGGUUUAUCAGGACAAACAUAUGGAUGUGGUUUAUCAGGACAAACAUGUGAAUGUGGUUUAUCAGGACAAACGUGAAUGUGGUUUAUCAGGACAAACAUAUGAAUGUGGUUUAUCAGGACAAACAUGUGAAUGUGGUUUAUCAGGACAAACAUGUGAAUGUGGUUUAUCAGGACACUCUGGAGUACAAGAAGAAGCAGAGGCCCUUGAAGAUCCGCAUGCUGGACGGGACGGUGAAAACCGUCAUGGUGGACGACUCCAAGAUCGUCAGCGACAUGCUCAUGACCAUCUGUGCCAGGAUAGGUCAGUUUAAUGAAUUAGAGAUGGGCACAUUCAUUAUAAUGUGUAACACAGUCAUGGCACAAAAUGUUAUGUAAGUUAGUUGGCUAGCGGUAAUUAGUGAAUUGGCUGCAAAGUAAGUUGAUGUAAGCUCACGUUAACAGUUCAUUACUUAUCUGUUAUGUCAUUAUAAUGGUAGUGUUAUCUAGUCAUUAUGACUAAAGUGUAUGUCUAUUGUUACUGCUUGAUGAUCAGCCACUUUUUCAACUAGUCAGAUUUCCAGCUAAAACAAAGGCUCUUUCCUUGAUUCCCCACAUCCUCUCUCCUCGCCGCCUCAAAACACAAUGGAGGAUAAUUGUAUUUUAUAUUUAACCCUUAUUUUAACGGGUGAGUUGACUGAGAGCACGUUCUCAUUUACAGCAACGACCUGGGGAAUAGUUACAGGGGAGAGGAGGGGGGAUGAAUGAGCCAAUUGUAAGCUGGGGAUGAUUAGGUGACCAUGAUGGUAUGAGGGCCAUAUUGUGAAUUUAGCCAGGACACCAGUGUUAACACACCUACUCUUAAGAUAAGUGCCAUGGGAUCUUUAGUGACCACAGAGUCAGGACACCCGUUUAACGUCCCAUUCGAAAGACUGCACCUUACACAGGGCAAUGUCCCCAAUCACUGAAGAUCCAACGUCCCUCCCUUCUGACCUUCUCCUGCAAUAAAUGUAUAGGAAAGAUAAUUUGAGUUAGAGCCAAAAAGUAAAUUUUUCUUGCAACACUCUUUGGGCAGGUAUCACAAACUAUGACGAGUACUCAUUGGUGCACGACAUCGUGGAGGAGAAGAAGGAGGAAAUGACAGGCACUCUGACAAGACGGGACAAGACGCUGAUGAGAGACGACAAGAAGAUGGAGAAGCUGAAGCAGAAACUCCACACAGACGACGAGUGUAAGACACACGCACACACACAGACACACACACACACACACACACACACACACACAACACACACACACACACACACACACAGACACACACACGCACACACACACACACACAGACACACACACACACACACACACACACACACACACACACACACACACACACACACACACACACACACGCACAGACACACACACACACGCACAGACACACACACGCACAGACACACACACCCACCCACCCAGACACACACACACGCACACAAACACACACCACACACACACACACACGCACAGACACAACACACACGCACACACACACACACACACACAACCAACACACAAACACCACACACACACACACAGCAACACCAACACACACACACACGCACAACACACACACACGCACAGACACAACACACACACAACACCACACACACACAACACAACACAACACACACAGACACACACACACACACACACAACACACACCACACAGACACAGACACACACACACACGCCACAGACACACACGCCACACAGACACACACACACACACAGCACACACACACACACACACACACAACACACACACACACAGACACAGACACACACACGCACACACACACACACACAGACAACACACACGCACACGCACACACACACAACACACACAACACACACGACAACACACACACACACGCACAGACACACACACGCACAUCACAACACGCACACCACAACACACGCACAGACACACACACACACACACACGCACGCACGCACGCACACACACACACGCACAGACACACACACACGCGCACAGACACACGCACGCAAAAGUGUCUAUGGUGCCAGUUGUCAUGUAAAAAUCUAUUUCACGCUGGGAACAUUUUGACAUGACACCAGUAUCUGUAUUGAUGACAGUAUUUACUUGUGCUUCAUUUUGAAUGUCCAUUAGGACACCACUGAUUUUAAUUUGAUUGACUGGCAUCAAGUUGUGUUUUCUCACAUAGAUUUUACAUUUAGUUUCAUAAAAGUUGUAAUUUCUUGGUAUUUACUGCAUUUUAUUGACAUGGUUUGCAUAGAUAAACAUACAUUCCCCUUGAGUUGUGCUGACUGGCAUUGAGUUGUAUUGAUUCCCAUUGAGUUGUAUUGACUGACAUUGAUUUACAUUGUGAUUGACAGUGAACUGGCUGGACCACGGGCGGACGCUGAGGGAGCAGGGUGUGGAGGAGACAGAGAUGCUGCUGCUCAGGAGGAAGUUCUUCUACUCAGACCAGAACGUGGACUCACGAGACCCCGUCCAGCUCAACCUGCUCUACGUCCAGGUACUGACCACUACCCAGGCUGCGUCCAAAAUGAAAAGUAGUACUCUUCAAAAGUAGUACACUAUAUAGAAAUAUGGUGUUAUUUCAGAUACAGCCCCAGAAUGACCUCUGUUCACUGUUGGCCAAAUCCUGCCUUGAGUUUUGAAAGAAACCACGGCAGGAAUACGGUUUGGGUGUUGAAUGUUUGGGAAGAAGGUUAUCCUUGGAGAGGUUCAUGUAGACCUGUCGGUGUUAAUGAUUGAUCAGACUCUCAGUCCUUUAGUCUGAGAGUCACAGCUGGAGGGCAGCAGGCGCAAGGUGCCCAUUGAAGUGUCAGCCAUAUUUAAUGUUCUGAGGUGACAGAUGGCAUAGUGGUGGUGGGUGGGAUUUCUUCUCCCAAGAUCACCUCCCAAGUUUUAGGAUAAAAUGUUGUUCAGUGUGUGAUCAUCUCAUAUAGUCAUACACACACACACACACACACACACACACACACACACACACACACACACACACACACACACACACACAGUGAAGGAGUGAACCUUUGUCUUUGAGACUUUUGCAGUCUUCCUCUCACAGAAGCAUCUUCUUCUUCUUUCAUAAGACUUCUAGUCUUUGUGUUCCUGCCAAAGACAGUAGUUCUGGGAGCUCUCCUUUCCCUGUUGAAACACAGCUGGACAUGGGGGCCCAGGCCAAUGCAAACACUGCCCAUGUGGCCUGCCUGCCUUUACCGGUUUUUGCCAGAGUACAUCACAAAAUGUUCCCAAUAGUUCAUGCUCCCGGUAAUAUGAAAACAAUUAAACAUUUGGACCAACAUUAAAGUUAAUUUAUGGAUACAUUUUCUCGUCAUUCAUUUUGAUGCUAGAAAGGCAUUAGAUUGUCCCAGAAAGAUGAUAUUUGAUGAUAUUUUCCUUCAGGGAAAUAUUAGCCUAGUCCCAGAUCUGUUUGUGCCCCACAACAGAGUUAAGACCAUUGAUCACAGGAGUCACAGGAGUUCCCUAGGCUAGUCCAAGUGAAAUAUGCAAAACAGCAGAGGAGCCUCUGUUUAUUUACAGUGCCUGCGGAAAGUAUUCAGAUCCCUUGACUUUUUCCACAUUUUGUUACGUUACAGCCUUAUUCGAAAAUUGAUUUUUUUAAAAUCUCCUCAGCAAUCUACACACAAUACCCUAUGAUGACAAAGCGAAAACAGGUUUUUAGAAAUCUUUGCACAUUUAUUAAAAAUAAAAAACAGAUACCUUAUUUACAUAAGUAUUCAGACCCUUUGCUAUGAGACUCGAAAUUGAGUUCAUGUGCAUCCUGUUUCCAUUGAUAAUUUUUUAGAUGUUUCUACAACUUACUUGGAGUCCACCUGUGGUAAAUUCAAUUGAUUGGACAUGAUUUGGAAAGGCACACACCUGUUUAUAUAAGGUCCCACAGUUGACAGUUCAUGUCAGAGCAAAAACCAAGCCAUGAGGUCGAAGGAAUUGUCUGUAGAGCUCAGAGACAGGAUUGUGUCGAGGCACAGAUCUCGGGAAGGGUACAAAAACAUUUCUGCAGCAUUGAAGGUCCCCAAGAAUACAGUGGCCUCCAUUUUUAAAUGGAAGAAGUUUGCAACCACCAAGACUCUUCGUAGAGCUGGCCGCCUGGUCAAACUGAGUAAUCGGGGGAGAAGGGCCUUGGUCAGGGAGGUGACAAAGAACCCGAUGGUCACUCUGACAGAGCUCCAGAGUUCCUCUGUGAAGAUGGGAGAACCUUCCAGAAGGACAACCAUCUCUGCAGCACUCCACCAAUCAGGCCUUUAUGGUAGAAUGGCCAGACGGAAGCCACUCCUCAGUAAAAGGCACGUGACAGCCCGCUUGGAGUUUGCCAAAAGGCACCUAAAGACUCUCAGACCAUGAGAAACAAGAUUCUCUGGUCUGAUGAAACCAAGAUUGAACUCUUUGGCCUGAAUGCCAAGCGUCACGUCUGGAGGAAACCUGGCACCAUCCCUAUGACGAAGCAUGGUGGUGGCAGCAUCAUGCUGUGGGGAUGUUUUUCAGCGGCAGGGACUGGGAGACUAGUCAGGAUUGAGGCAAAGUUGAACGGAGCAAAGUACAGAGAGAUCCUUGAUGAAAACCUGCUCCAAAGCGCUCAGGACCUCAGACUGGGGAGAAGGUUCACCUUCCAACAGGACAACGACCCUAAGCACACAGCCAAGACAACGCAGGAGUGGCUUCGGGACAAGUCUCCGAAUGUCCUUGCGUGGCCCAGCCAGAGCCCGGACAUGAACGUGAUUGAACAUCUCAUGAGAGACCUGCAAAUAGCUGUGCAGCAACGCUCCCCAUCCAACCUGACAAAUACAGGUGUGCCAAGCUUGUAGCGUCAUACCCAAGAAGACGCAAGGCUGUAAUUGCUGCCAAAGGUGCUUCAACAAAGUACUGAGGAAAGGGUCUGAAUACUUAUGUAAAUGUGAUAUUUCAUUUUAUUUUUUAUUUUUUAUAAAUUAGCAAUCAUUUAUAAACUGUUUUUGCUUUGUCAUUAUGGGGUAUUGUGUGUAGAUUGAUGAGGGGGGGAAAAGUUUUUUCAAUUUUAGAAUAAGGCUGUAACAUAACAAAAUGUGGAAAAAGUCAGUCUGAAUAUCUUCCGAAGGAACUGUAUCUAUUUGCCUGAUCUCGGAUUACUCCUGGCUCUGUUUGAGAUCUUCCUUAAUUUAUUAUCCAUGGAAUAUUGAAAUGUCAGGAGAUGAUCCUGGGAAUAAUGUCCUUGGGGAUAAUGUCUGUGGGGAUAAUGUAAUUGGGAUGUUCCUCUCCCUGUGCAGGCCCGUGAUGACAUUUUGAACGGCUCCCAUCCCGUAUCUUUCGAGAAGGCCUGCGACUUUGCCGGAUACCAGUGUCAGAUCCAGUUUGGUGACCACAACGAGACCAAGCACAAACCAGGCUUCCUAGAGUGAGCCCUGUUUAUUGCAUAAUUAUUAAAUAUAUAAUGCUAUGUAUAUGAAUGGCUCAAAUAUUUUCGAUAUAUAACAAAGAUACAUUUGCCUUUUAGUAGUGCGUGUAUACAUACAUACAGUACAUUUUGAUGUAGUAUCACUUGAAUCACAAGUCAGAACUGCUGGAUAAUAUUGCCUGCCUUAGUGAUUUCACUGUCUUCAUCAAUAAAGUUUGUUUCCAUUUAAUUAUUUCUGAUUUCCUUUCUCUAGUAUGAAAGAGUUCCUCCCUAAAGAGUACAUCAAGAACAAAGGGGAGAAAAGAAUCUUCCAGGUAAGAACCCGAGCGUGUGUGUGUGUGUGUUGUUUUCUUGUGUGUGCUUGCGUGCGUGUGUGGGUGCAUGCGUGUGUUUGUGUGUGUGUGUGUGUGUGUGUGUGUGUGUGUGAGUGUGUGGGGGGUCAUUGUAAGGCCAGUCAUAUUUGGGCUGCUCGCUCUUUGUGGUGGGGACAUUAUUUUUCUCACAGACUGAAAACGCAUGAUCUGAUUUUUUUUUCUCCCACUCUGGUUUGUAAUAAUAGUCUUUGUCUCCAUCUGUGUAGAGUUGAAUGUUUUCAAAGUAUGAUUAACAACAAAGUCUGAUCAAGCCAACUAGAUGAAUUGUUGCUAUGGCUGUAACUGUAUUGAUUUAAAAGUGUCCCGACUUGCUCCGUUUAGAUGUUUUCUACUGUGACACUAUAGUAUCGCUGGCUGAGAUGUUCAAUAAGUCUUAUUUUUCUUUCCUACACAGGCUCACAAAAACUACCAAAACAUGACAGAAAUCGAGGCCAAAGUCAGCUACGUCAAACUGGCUAGGUCUCUGAAAACCUACGGAGUGUCAUUCUUCCUAGUAAAGGUAAAAUGGCACUGACAAAAUAACAUUCAACCAUAACACUUAAACUCCUUAAACAAGUCUUAAACAACAUUGAAGAUCUUCUCUUCUUUCUAACCAAUCAAAGCUCUAACAUUUCAAAGCUUUUGAAGUUCCACUCACUGCCUUUGACGGUUGAAUGGAAUGUGCAAUACCUUUUAACUGGAGUUCUUUUAACCAUGUGUGUUUGUGUUGGUGCGUGCGUGUGUCCCCGCAGGAGAAAAUGAAGGGUAAGAACAAACUGGUCCCUCGUCUGCUGGGAAUCACCAAGGAGUGUGUGAUGCGGGUGGACGAGAAGACCAAGGAGGUGAUCCAGGAGUGGAACCUCACCAACAUCAAACGCUGGGCUGCCUCGCCCAAGAGCUUCACCCUGGUGGGUCCCCUGACCUCUGACCUCCUGGUCACCUUUGACCUUCUGGUCGCCUGGUCAGCAUUGGACCAGUGACAUUCAGGGUCGUGUUCAUUAGGCACCAAACAAGGAAAAAACGGACUGAAACAAGGGAGGGUCUACCUGGAUAAGAAAUGUUCAUUGACCACUUUUAAAACAUUUUCUGUUGUGUGCCCUAAUGAACAUGACCCAGCACUCAACUAGAGCUAAUGUCAAGGGGAACAUAUUGUCUGGCUAUUUAGAAUUAGGUUGUUUUGUGAUCAGUUGCAGUUAUUUUUGACUACACCACAGUGUUCAUUGUCUUGAGUUUGUCUAGAGUGGAAUAUGAACACGGGGUUGUCUAUUGCUAUUAGAAAAAAUGGAUACAACCCCUUUAAAAGAAUACACACUGCAAGGAUUGGUGCUGUGUGUUUUUAAAAUAAGUUAUUAUAGAACAUAGAAAAUAAGUUGUUUGCACUUAAAAGAACAUUGAAAGGAUGUCAUUUGAUAGCCCCGGGUCCUGUGUGGCUCAGUUGGAAGAAGCCAGGGUUGUGGGUUUGAUUCCCGCGAAAAAGUAAAAGAAAAUUGUAUGCACUCAGAAAAAGAGCAUCUGCUAAAUGACUAAAAUGUAAAUGUAAGCCAUACAUACCCAUCACCUUAUGACUCUACAUCAGCAACAUUCAACAGUGUUGAAUUUUGGUCAUGUGCUGGAGAAUACAGGUCCAAGCUGCACAUUGCAUGUUUUCAACUAACGCUGCUUAUUUUGCCCACAAAUGAACAAAAAUGAACCACACUUCCAGCCCCUGAAGGAUUUUCUGCCUGUAAACAAACAGGACUAUUUUCAAACAUUAACAUACCACAAGGCUCCAUUUUCUUUGUCUGUUCUUUUGUCGGUUGUAAACCAUAACAGGAAAGAAGACUGGCCGUUUUGUCCGACUUAUUAUUAUUAUUAUUAUUUUCUGGGGAGUAUUUCCUGGCAGCUCACCAGAUAAAUAAAGUUGAGCUCCAUAAGGAGUUUUUGACGGUUGGAAAGGCGUGUGCAGCGAUACGCCAUCCCAUCUGGUUUGGGCUUAGUGGGACUAUCAUUUGUUUAUCAAAAGGACAAUGACCCAAAACACACCUCCAGGCUGUGUAUGGGCUAUUUUACUAAGAAGGAGAGUGAUGGAGUGCUGCAUCAGAUGACCUGGCCUCCACAAUCACCCGACCUCAACCCAAUUGAGAUGGUUUGGGAUGAGUUGGACGGCAGAGUGAAGGAAAAGCAGCCAAUAAGUGCUCAGCAUAUGUGGGAACUCCUUCAAGACUGUUGGAAAAGCAUUCCAGGUGACUACCUCAUGAAGCUGGUUGAGAGAAUGCCAAGAGUUUGCAAAGCUGUCAUCAAGGCAAAGGAUGGCUAUUUGAAGAAUCUCAAAUAUAAAAUAUAUUUUCAUUUGUUUAACACUUUUUUUGGUUACUACAUUGUUGUGAUGUCUUCACUAUUAUUCUACAAUGUAAAAAAUAAAGAAAAACCCUUGAAUGAGUAGGUGUGUCCAAAAUUUGACUGGUACUGUGUAAAUAUAUAUAUUUUUUUUUAUUCCAGGACUUUGGCGAUUAUCAAGACGGUUACUACUCUGUCCAGACGACUGAGGGAGAGCAGAUUGCCCAACUGAUCGCUGGUUACAUUGACAUCAUUCUGAAAAAGGUACUGCAGUGCCAUUGCUGUUUCACAAUAUAGAUGCAUCGGAGUAGGGUGAAGUUGCCCUUAGACACUGAUCUAGGGUCAGUUUCCCCAUUUAAUGUUUAAGGUUAGGAUUGAGGGAGGGGAAGCUGAUCCUAGAUCUCUACAUAGGGGAAACUUCACUGCGGCGCGGAUGCAUUGCCCAACACUAACACAUAAUCCCGGUUGCCGGCAGAGAUUGUAAUCAUUCAAGAUAGUGAAUCAAGAGUGCUGUAUGACCAGGUCACCAUGGAAAUCAUAUUGACAAAAAGUCAGGGUACACUAGAGUUGCCUCUUCAAUGUGUCUGUGCACUGCAGUACAGUAGGGAUAGGGUAUUGCCGUUUAGAGAUUACGGCCAUAAGCAAACUGUAUACGGCCAUAAGCAAACAGGAAAACGCUCAUCCAGAGGUGGCGCUCCUAGUGGCCGGGGACUUUAAUCCAGGUAAACGUAAAUCUGUUUUACCUCAUUUCUACCAGCAUGUUAAAUGUGCAACCAGAGGGGAAAAAACUCUAGACCACCUUUACUCCACACACAGAGACGCGUACAAAGCUCUCCCUCACCCUCCAUUUGGCAAAUCUGACCAUAAUUCUAUCCUCCUGAUUCCUGCUUACAAGCAAAAACAAAAGCAGGAAGCACCAGUGACUCGGUCAAUAUAAAAGUGGUCAGAUGAAGCAGAUGCUAAGCUACAGGACUGUUUUGCUAGCACAGACUGGAAUAUGUUCCGGGAUUCUUCCGAUGGCAUUGAAGAGUACACCACAUCAGUCACUGGCUUCAUCAAUAAGUGCAUUGAUGACAUCGUCCGCACAGUGACUGUACUUACAUACCCCAACCAGAAGCCAUGGAUUACAGGCAACAUCCGCACUGAGCUAAAGGGUAGAGCUGCCGCUUUCAAGGAGCGGGACUCUAACCCGGAAGCUUAUAAGAAAUCCCGCUCUACCCUCCGACUAACCAUCAAACAGGCAAAGUGUCAAUACAGGACUAAGGUCGAAUCGUACUACACAGGCUCCGACGCUCGUCGGAUGUGGCAGGGCUUGCAAACUAUUACAGACUACAAAGGGAAGCACAGACGCAAGCUGCCCAGUGACACGAGCCUACCAGAUGAGCUAAAUUACUUCUAUGCUCGCUUCGAGGCAAGUAACACUGAAACAUGCAUGAGAGCAUCAGCUGUUCCGGACAACUGUGUGAUCCCACUCUCCGUAGCCGAUGUGAGUAAAACCUUUAAACAGGUCAACAUUCACAAGGCCGCAGGGCCAGACGGAUUGCCAGGACGUGUACUCCGAGCAUGCGCUGACCAACUGGCAAGUGUCUUCACUGACAUUUUCACCCUCUCCCUGUCUGAGUCUGUAAUACCAACAUGUUUCAAGCAGACCACCAUAGUCCCUGUGCCCAAGAACACUAAGGUAACCUGCCUAAAUGACUACCGACCCGUUGCACUCAAAUCUGUAGCCACGAAGUGCUUUGAAAGGCUAAUCAUGGCUCACAUCAACACCAUUAUCCCAGAAACCCUAUACACACUCCAAUUUGCAUACCGCCCCAACAGAUCCACAGAUGAUGCAAUCUCUAUUGCGCUCCAUAAUUCCCUUUCAUACCUGGACAAAAAGAACACCUAUGUGAGAAUGCUAUUCAUUGGCUACGGCUCAGCGUUCAACACCAUAGUGCCCUCAAAGCUCAUCACUAAGCUAAGGACCCUGGGACUAAACACCUCCCUCUGCAACUGGAUCCUGGACUUCCUGACGGGCCGCCCCCCAGGUGGGAAGGGUAGGUAACAACACAUCCGCCACGCUGAUCCUCAACACGGGGGCCCCUCAGGGGUGCGUGCUUAGUCCCCUCCUGUACUCCCUGUUCACCCAUGACUGCAUGGCCAGGCACGACUCCAACACCAUCAUUAAGUUUGCCGAUGACACAACAGUUACCCAGUAAUGGUGCGAUUACAGUUGUUUACAGACAGUAGAGUAAAACUAGCUUAUAUUAUGGGUUCUGAUGAGGUGCGACAGUUGAACUGCGCUAGUGAGGCAUUUAGAAGUGAUAUACUUCAAGAAUCAAUGGCCAUAUAUCGUUACUUUAAAAGUCAUAAAAUGGAUGUACCUUUAUUUAUUUAUUUUAAUUUAUUAUGUACCAAUCCCGGAUUGCCCCUUUAAUUCAGUGAGUAGAGCUAUAUGAACCCUAUAACCAUAAUAAAGAACCUAUAAUAUACCCAAUAACCUCUCUUGUCUCCUUCCGACAGAAAAAGAGCAAAGACCACUUUGGAUUAGAGGGAGAUGAGGAGUCCACCAUGUUGGAAGAUUCUGUGUCACCCAAAAAGUGAGUCCAGUGCAGCUGUUUCCUGCAAUGUGUGUCAGUGAUAUGUCACAGCAUGCAUGUCAAUGACGGCUCACUUUGUGUGUGUGUGUGUGUGUGUUUUGAUGUAAGAAGAUUCUAUACUGUACUGUACCAAAAAAACAAAAAACACUGUAGUGCUUUCCCUCAGUCUUUAUCCAUAACUCCCCUAUAGAUUUGCAUGUAUGGGUCCUGUGUAGGUGCUCCAUCCAGCCUAUGGUUCCUGUGUAGUGGUUCCAUCUAGCCUAUGGGUGCCAUCUUUCUGAUUCUGAUGAGGAUGAAGAGCCUUACUGUAUACAGCACUGCAAUAUAGUAUUUAUUCUGACAUACCUCUAUCCAUCCCUCUCACUCCUCCAUCUCUCCCCUCCCUCCAUCUCUUCCUUUCACUCCCUCCAUCUGUCCCUCCACUCCCUCCAUCUGUCCCUCCACUCCCUCCAUCUGUCCCUCCACUCCCCCAGGUCUACGGUGCUGCAGCAGCAGUUCAACAAGGUGGGGAAGGUGGAGACUGGCUCUGUGGCCCUGCCGGCCAUCAUGCGUUCAGGGGCCGGGGGCCCCGAGAGCUUCCAGAUGGGCUCCAUGCCCCAGGCCAAGCAGCACAUCACCAGCGGACAGAUGCACAGGGGCCAUAUGCCCCCGCUGGUGAGGCUGGGGGGCCACGGGGGGCCACAUUGAUCUCUAGCAGGGUUGGGGUCAAUUCAGUUUUAAGUUCAGGAAGUGAAAUUCAGUUCAAUUAAAGAUUUGGAAAAGCCCUAAUAGGAAAUAGUAGUUAAUUUUCAAUUCACUUCCUCAAUUGACUGUUAAUUGAAACACUGAACGGACCCCAAAACGAUAUUUAUAUCUGAAGAAAGUAUAUGCCUUUUUAGAGUCUAUACACCAUAACGUUCUCAGUUGGAAAAUAAAUAAAUACAAACAUGAAGUGUAUUGGCCUAUUUUGUUAACAGUACAGAAUGAAAACUAAGAGUGUAUCUCUGUAUGUUCCCCUGUGUGCAGACAUCCGCCCAGCAGGCCCUGACUGGCACCAUCAACUCCAGCAUGCAGGCGGUGCAGGCUGCCCAGGCCUCGCUGGGGGAGUUUGACACCCUGCCUCCCCUCGGGACAGACGCGGUGAGACACCUGGACUUAAACUGACCCACUCUUCACCUGUACAACCUCCAACCUGUAGCUAUAAGUAGCUUCUGGAUCAUCUCAUCUAUCAUGUUGUCCUCUCGGUUAAGGGUUUAAAGUGAAUUAUUUCAGAUGGAUACGAUUCAAGCAUAGUUGUUCAAUGUGUUGUGCUGUACCAGAUCAAGGGAGAGAACAUGCUCCACUCUAUCCUAUUGGGUAAAACAGUGAAUUGGUGCUCGAAGCCAACAGUAAUUUUCAUGUAAGUGUUGUAUGAAAUGGUUUAAUGUGAUCUGUGUCUUCCCGUGAUCCAGGCCUCCCAAGCCUGGCGUAAGAACAAGAUGGAUGAGUCCAAACACGAGAUCCACUCCCAGGUUGACGCCAUCACAGCCGGGACAGCCUCCAUGGUCAACCUCACCGCAGGUACCGUCUCCUCACUGGAUACCAAGAAUUUAUGUUGUGGUAACUUCUUAUAUCUGUCUCGAAGGACCGGUAUAUAUGGAACUGCCUUUUUCACCGGCGUGCUUAAUUCAAUACAGGUCUCUCUUGUAAAAUAGAUUUGAUCUCAAUGACAAUAACAUGUAUAAAUAAAGUUUAAAUGAAAAGGUGGUAUAAAAAGGUGGUUAGAUACUGCGUUGUAAUGUCUUUUAACUAGAAAGGUGAAGGCUUUUGUAGCUGAAAUAUUGACUCUGUGGGUGGAUGAAUAAAGCAAAGCAGCAGCAUGAAGUUCCCCUCAACAUCUGUCUAGGGCCUGUCCACCGAGUGCACUAGGGCCUGUCCACCGAGUGCACUAGGGCCUGUCCACCGAGUGCACUAGGCCCUGUCCACCGAGUGCACUAGGGCCUGUCCACCGAGUGCACUAGGGCCUGUCCACCGAGUGCACUAGGGCCUGUCCACCGAGUGCACUAGGGCCUGUCCACAAAGUGUUGGAACCUAAACAUGUCUGUCUGUCUGUCUGCCCCUCAACAAUAGGCGACCCAGCAGAGACCGACUACACGGCGGUGGGCUGUGCCGUGACCACCAUCUCCUCCAACCUGACGGAGAUGUCCAAGGGGGUCAAGCUGCUUGCCGCCCUCAUGGAGGAUGAGGGAAGCAAUGGAAACCAGCUGUUGGGGGCUGCCAAGAACCUGGCGUGCGCCGUGUCCGACAUGCUGAAGACCGCCCAGCCAGCCAACACUGAGGUAACACACGCGCAUGCACUGAGUACUGAAGUAACACACUGAAUGCUUAGCCAUUUUUUUGUACUUACUGUUUCUGUGUCGCACAAUGAUAAUGUUCAGAAAGGCGCACGGUGGAAAAAGAUUUUGCACCGAAAAAUUGAAAAUCUGUGUCCUUAUUAAAGUGUUUUCUCCCAUAUUGUGCUUACUGGACACGACCCAUGUCACCUGUAAGUUAACGACCCAUGUCACCUGUAAGUUAACGUGAAACCAACUUCAUGCAUAAGAUAUACACUGUUAAAGAAUCCCUUCAUGAUGGCUUUUCUUCAGUCAUGUGACCUGUGCUCUUCGGGCGUCUUUUUUUUCACCCAUCAGCCCCGUCAGAAUCUUCUGCAGGCUGCAGGCAACGUGGGCCAGGCCAGUGGCGAGCUGCUGUCUCACAUCGGAGAGACGGACGCCGACCCCCGCUUUCAGGUAGGCCAACCGUGACCCAGUCCAGAGUGAACUGAACUGACACUCUGAAAGUGGGACUACGCCACAAGAAAAUAAGUCUCAACUAAGGCUAUAAACGGCCGUUUUCACACUUGGGGGCAAAUUCUAACUUCCACUUAAGUACAAUUUUCACUUUGUCUCCCGUUGACAUCAAUAAAUGGCUGAGUGAAAAUACCUGGAACUUAGGGUUCUGCCCUUCAUAGACUUUAGUCUGAAUCUUCUGCGCAAAUCGUCCAAUGCUUUCAGCACUCUGAUUUGCACAACGUUUGAGUUGCCUUAGUAUCUUAGGACAGAACACGGUAUUGAUCAGUUCCCUAUGUAGAGUUUGUUGACUUAAUUUGUGCAAUACUGUGUGACAUUACUAUAACCCCCGUCUUUUUUUCCACCUGCAUUGGUCAGUUUCUAGGUAAAGGAUCUUUCAGGGGUGCCACGCGGAGCGUCCACACUUAUAGUCACAAGCUGGUAACAAACGUGUCCUCGAAAGAUGAGCCUAUCCGAAUCACUGUCACUCCCAAAAUGGCCAAUCAUGCUAAUGGUUCUUGGAUCGUUCACUGUAAUUGACCACACUGGUGUAAUGUAAUCUAGUAGUCUCUCCUUGUAAUUUCUAGCAGUUUCGUUCGGUUUCUCUUGCAUAUCUUCAGGUACUCAAAUGCUCUCUGUUUUCUUAUAGGUUUUGAUUAUUGAUACACAGGAAAAAAGUGCAAGUAGCUCUCAAAAGCAUUUGAUUAUGAAGUAUGCAACAGCUCAAUGCACUGAGAUAAGCUCAGAGUUUCAGAUGAGCAACUUCACCCGAGGUAUUAAAAGGUUAACUGCAUUUACAUGACCAUCUUUCUGCCCCUGUCUAAACAGAGUCGUUUCCAUUUGUAGGGUACUGGGUUGAUUAUUAACCCUUGCUGUGGCUGCAUUGAGCUCUAGGAGAACACUGCUGUACCUGAAGAUAUACAGGGAAUGUCUGUUUUAACAAUGGUGUCCAAUAUUAAAUGAAGGGUUUAACAAUAGCAGUAGUAGGGUUUCUGUUUCGAUAAGUGGGAAGGAAGCCUGUUAAGAAUUGUUUUCUCUUAAGAGAAUUUCUGAAUUCCUCAUGACUGAGCUAAGACCUAUUGGCAACCGAUUUAGAAUACAGUACUUAACCUUAAAAUGGGACAAAACUACAGCUCUUUGGUGACUGUAUUGGAGUUCUUGGUUAUGUGGUGAUAUUUAUAAUAGCCUAUACAUGUAUUGAGGGAAUGCGCUUCAACUGAAAACGUGAUGAUGUAGCUUUAAUGUUACACCUAAAUUAUGAUAUAGCCUGAAAAUGUCUGAGCGAGCGCAGACAACAUAUCGUGGAGAAAUAAGUAGGCCGGCUAAUGGCUGUUCAUAAGUGCUUGUGGAAUGCAGCCUGACCGCAGCUCCCACAAAUUACAGAAAUCCUCAGUUUUUCUCCUCCUCCCUUAUUCCGCCUCCUUCUUUUACGACUCUUCACUCACAAAACGACAUCCAGGGAGCUGCCCAACUCUUCUCAAUCGUGAAGUCGAUAAUCCCACUCUAAACACUUUCCAAACUGCAUAAUUUUGAUGAGUGUUUGAUUAGCUUUUGGAUAAAGGAAAGUGAAGUUUUGUUUAGUUUUUUUAUUACAGCGACCCUGUUGCAGCAUGCUACUGGUGAUAUCCUGUCUCUCCUCAAUGACCACCGUGUGUUAGCCCACCGUGUGUUAGCCCACCGUGUGUUAGCCCACCGUGUGUUAGACUACCGUGUGUUAGACUACUGUGUGUUAGCCCACUGUGUGUUAGACUACUGUGUGUUAGCCCACCGUGUGUUAGCCCACCGUGUGUUAGCCCACCGUGUGUUAGCCCACCGUGUGUUAGACUACUGUGUGUUAGCCCACCGUGUGUUAGACUACCGUGUGUUAGCCCACCGUGUGUUAGACUACUGUGUGUUAGCCCACCGUGUGUUAGCCCACCGUGUGUUAGACUACUGUGUGUUAGCCCACCGUGUGUUAGACUACCGCGUGUUAGACUACCGUGUGUUAGCCCACCGUGUGUUAGCCCACCGUGUGUUAGCCCACCGUGUGUUAGACUACUGUGUGUUAGCCCACCGUGUGUUAGACUACCGUGUGUUAGACUACUGUGUGUUAGCCCACCGUGUGUUAGCCCACCGUGUGUUAGCCCACCGCGUGUUAGACUACCGUGUGUUAGCCCACCGUGUGUUAGCCCACCGUGUGUUAGACUACUGUGUGUUAGCCCACUGUGUGUUAGCCCACCGUGUGUUAGACUACUGUGUGUUAGCCCACCGUGUGUUAGCCCACCGUGUGUUAGCCCACUGUGUGUUAGCCCACCGUGUGUUAGCCCACCGUGUGUUAGCCCACCGUGUGUUAGCCUACUGUGUGUUAGCCUACAAUGUGUUAGCCUACUGUGUGUUAGCCCACCGUGUGUUAGCCUACUGUGUGUGUGUCUAGCACUUCAGAGGUCACAGCUGGAGUCCCUCCGCUUCCAUGUAUCAUCUUUUGACACACCUAGAGAGCCCCUAGUCACCGUCCCCCCGUCACUUUUCUCUUCCCCCCCAGUCACUUUUCUCUUCCCCCCCAGUCACUUUUCUCUUCCCCCCAGUCACUUUUCUCUCCCCCCCAGUCACUUUUCUCUCCCCCACCAGUCACCUUUCUCUCCCCCCCAGUCACUUUCCUCCCCCCCAAGUCACUUCCUCCCCCCAAGUCACUUUUCUAUUCCCCCCCAGUCACUUUUCUCUCUCCCCCCAGUCACUUUUCUCUCUCCCCCCCAGUCACUUUUCUCUCUCCCCCACCAGUACCUUUUCUCUCCCCCCCAGUCACUUUCCUCCCCCCCAAGUCACUUUCCUCCCCCCAAGUCACUUUUCUAUUCCCCCCCAGUCACUUUUCUCUCUCCCCCCCAGUCACUUUUCUCUCUCCCCCCCCAGUCACUUUUCUCUCUCCCCCCAGUCACUUUCUCUCCCCCCCAGUCACUUUUCUCUCCCCCCCAGUCACUUUUCUCUCCCCCACCAGUCACCUUUCUCUCCCCCCCAGUCACUUUCCUCCCCCCCAAGUCACUUUCCUCCCCCCCAGUUACUUUUCUCUUCCCCCCCCAGUCACUUUUCUCUCACCCCCAGACACAUUUCUCCCUCCUAGUUACUCCCCCGCCUCCCUUAGUCACUCUGUUUUUGUGCUUCCAAACGUGAAGUAACAGGUUUUGGAAGCACAAAAAUGCACAUUCUUUAGUUUUAAAUAUAUCUGAUAUCAUGAGACACAAUUUAAACUGUUGCACAUGUUUGUACAAUGUCAGCCCUCUUAAUAAUAUCCAAGACCCAAAACAAGUGUCGAUGUCAAACCCAGUCUCUGACUAAAUCAGCUAGUUGACAAAAUACACAUGAAUAUGUCAUUGUUAGUCAUUCGGUACUGUAGCUGCAUUAGCUAGCCCGCUACAUAACCUUGUAGAAUAACCUUAUAUUACUUUUGGGCAGUAGAGAAGGUCAGUAUGUUCCUAAAGUCUCCACUUGUGGGGUAGAGACUCAAACACCAACAACUAAAGGCAAGAUAAAGUUGAUCGUUGUCUUUGGAGCAACCAGGCUUUGAGUCUCCCCUUCUCCCCAGCCUGGAUGGGUUAUGCUAUAGUAUAUUUAGGUUUAAUGAAUGUGAAGGAAUGCGUCACAAAUGGCACCCUAUUCCCUACAGAGUGUACUAAGGCUCUGGUCAAAAGUAGUGCACUAUGUAGGGAAUAGGGUGUCAUUUGGGACGUACGCUUAGCUUGGCUUCCCCUAUGGAAAUAAUCCUCUGAGGUCAUAUGGAGGGUUAUAGAUAGUAGGGUCAUCAAUAGGACCUUCUAUUCACCUUUGUGCUAAAACUGGCGGCACUGAAUUCAGGUCAGACUGUAAGCUGUGGUGUGUUUCGCAGGACAGAUUUUAAAACUGGAAAAAUCUCAUUUUCUCCUUUGUAGAGGCCAUUUCUCUAAUCUCUUUACUUCAUUUAAUUUCGCAAAAUGGACGUUAACAUUUGAGUACUCUUCCCGAAGAGGACAAUUCUCUUCAGAAUAAUUCAAUUGAUCCUAAUUCUUACCAAAAUAAUGAAAUUAGUCCAUCGUUUCAUAGUUGACCCACAAUCUUUUCACCCCAUUUAACCUAGGUGUCACACUGUUUCUAUUCUCAACAAUGCUACGCUGUCGUCUUCUUUGCUACGACAACAACAACAAGUUAACUAAAGCAGAAACAGUCUGGCACUCAGGCUAAAGAUACUCACAAUGAACACAGUCUCAAUCAAAACAGAGCCUCGUUUAUGGGCCUGGUAUGGAAUCGUUAAAAUGAUAUUUUCUCCUUCCAUUGUGCCUUGAUUUACUAUAUGCUACAUGCUAACUAGCAUGCUAACUAGCCUGUGUCAUCCCUGCCGUUCUCAGGACAUGCUUAUGCAGCUGGCUAAAGCCGUGGCUAACGCUGCCGCCGCUCUGGUGCUCAAAGCAAAGAACGUGGCCCAGAAGACAGAGGACUCUGCACUCCAGAACCGCGUCAUCGCCGCAGCGACCCAAUGUGCCCUAUCCACCUCCCAACUGGUGGCCUGCACCCGGGUAAGAAACAAGAACCCCAACAUCUUUACCACACACUGACCAUCUAUUAUCCCAUGUUUGUAAUUUGGGCGGUAUACCGUAUAUAUACCGUUUACAGGGGUAUUUUUAAAAUACCGACGGUAUGAUUUAUAAUAGCGUAAAUUGGGGACCCUCUAAAGCUCGGGUGCACCCCUGCAUCACGGGAGCUGCGGGGAUUCGUUCUAUGCCACUGCUUAUAACUAGAAGUUGUGUCAAAUAAAUGAUAUCCAGCUCAGGGCUCCAGCUAGGCAUUUCGUUUGCUAACUUGCUAUCUAAGCGGCUAGAUGGCAAGAUCAAGCUUCUUGGUUACAGCAGAGACAAACAAUUCCCUCCUGGAUCAAGAUCCCUACUGCCUAAAUUUGUUUGUGUGUUCAAAAAAACAAACAUUUGGAAAUAAAUAUUGCACUGACAGUAUAACCGUAUACCCCGGGAUGGUACAGGAAAGGUAUUAAUGGAUGAAAAUCUGGAGACCGCCCAACGCUAUUGUCAAUAUAGUGACUUUUUAUUGAUUUGCAAAUCUUAUUUUUUUUAUUACUUUUUUUACACAUUUGGUGAUUUGUUAAUUCAAAUUAAUUUGUGUUUUUCCAUUUGUGAAUUUGUAAAUGUAGUUUACGUAAGAAGAGACAAUUGGUUGUUUCCCCUCUCUAGUUUAGUUUAGUGUUGACACCAAGAGGUGGUUCAGAGGGCUUGAUUAGAUCAUGUGUUGUCCUCCCAACUGAUCUGUUUCUCUCCUCUUCCUUUACCCAUCUAUUUAUCUCUCUAUCAUCCCCAUUUCUCCUCUCCUCCUAUCUCUCCCUCCCCUUUUUUACCUUACCCCUAUCUCUCCCUCCCCUUUUUUUUUUUACCUUACCCCUAUCUCUCCCUCCCCUUUUUUUACCCUACCCCUUACCAGGUGGUCGCUCCCACCAUCAGCUCCCCGGUGUGCCAGGAGCAGCUGGUCGAAGCAGGCAAGCUGGUUGCCAAGUCGGUGGACGGCUGCGUGGAUGCGUCGCAGGGCGCCACCAGCGACGAGGGGCUCCUCAAGCAGGUGGGCGCUGCCGCCACAGGCGUCACCCACGCCCUCAACGAGCUGCUGCAGCACAUCAAGCAGUACGCCCAUGGGGGGCAGCCCAUAGGGCGCCACGGAGAGGCCACAGACCGCAUCCUGGACGUCACCGAGAACAUCUUCAGCUCCAUGGGAGACGCUGGUAGGCUGGGGGAUGGGAGGGGCGAGGCUAAAGUGGUCAAGGUUCAGCGGUCAUAUUGGAGUGUGAUAGCAUAGAUGGUGGAUAAAAGAAGAUGUCCCACUCAUGCCGUUUACCAUUGAAGAAAAUGGUCACGGUUCAGUUCUGCUUAAGGGGGUGACUCUCCCAUAGGCACCAAUGUGAUAGCAGCUGGGUCUGGUCUGCUGAGUUUGACUGUAUAUGAACCUGAAAAAAGGAGUGAAUGAGAUGUCUCGCUUCUUCCUCCGUCUCUGGAGUCUGCAUCUCAAAAUGGCAUCCUAUUUGCAAAAAGCAAUUUCAAAUUGAUGUCUUAUUUCCAAAAAGCAGUACAGAAAAGUAUAAUUUGAGAGGUUUUAAUAUGACAAUAUGGUGAGAAAGUGGAUUGUUGUGUAACCUUUUGUUGGUAAAAUACUCCCUGACUUUUAACAGGUUUAUUAAAGGAAAUGCCUCCUGUAGCUCAGUUGGUAGAGCAUGGCGCUUGCAACACCAGGGUUGUGGGUUCGAUUCCCACGGGGGGACAGUAUGAAAAAUGUAUGCACUCACUUAACUGUAAGUCGCUCUGGAUAAGAGCGUCUGCUAAAUGAUUAAAAUGUUAUUAAAGGAAAGAUCAAAAUGCUACCUUUGCCCUUUUAUCUAGGGCCAGAUUCAGUAAAGGCUGGAUGAAUAAAUCAGUACUUCAACUGUAUUCAGUGCUGUUUGUCUCCCUCCUCUCCAGGUGAGAUGGUGCGUCAGGCCCGCAUCCUUGCCCAGGCCACCUCGGACCUGGUCAACGCCAUCAAGAUGGACGCAGAGGGCGAGUCGGACCUGGAGAAUUCCCGCAAGCUGCUGUCAGCCGCCAAGCUCCUGGCGGACGCCACGGCCAAAAUGGUGGAGGCUGCCAAGGUCUGUCCCCCAUUCCGACAUGGUCUGUCCCACAUGAGCAACUGCUCCCGUCCCGUCCCCCAUUCCAACAUGGUCUGUCCCACAUGAGCAACUGCUCCCGUCCCGUCCCCCAUUCCAACAUGGUCUGUCCCACAUGAGCAACUGCUCCCGUCGCGUCCCCCAUUCCAACAUGGUCUGUCCCACAUGAGCAACUGCUCCCGUCCCGUCCCCCAUUCCAACAUGGUCUGUCCCACAUUCCACCGUUGAGGAUUUAUGAGCGUGGCUGGAGGAAUGGCGAGGCCUCCGUUUAGGAGCUGUGUGUGUGUGUGUGUGUGUGUACGCGCAUGCAUAGUGUGUGUGUGUGUGUGUGUGUGUGUGUGUGUGUUUGUGUAAAAGCAUUUUUGUUUAGUAGAAUAGUUGUUUAGUCUUUUUGGGGUUUAAGUGUACUGUAUUGAGGAUUUUGUUUGCAACUUCCUCAGUGUGUGCGUGGUGCAAUAUCAUCUUGGUCUAAUGAGUAAGAUGCUGGUUUCCCCAGCGGGAGACCGGGGUUCAGGUCCCACUCGUGACGUUAACAUGCUGAUGUGUGUGUGUGUGCAGGGCGCAGCUGCCAACCCGGACAGCGAGGAGCAGCAGCAGAGGCUGCGUGAGGCAGCAGAGGGUCUACGUAUGGCUACCAAUGCUGCUGCCCAGAACGCCAUCAAGAAGAGGCUGGUCAACAAGCUGGAGGUGAUAUUCCUGGACCUCAACCAGUGUUUCCCCCCGCCAUUAUAUAGAUUGGGUUGGGUGGGCCCCCCUCCUACCUUUGUUACACCCCCCUGCUUAAAAGAGUUUGGUACUUUCCGCCUGGAAAUUAAACUAGGGGAAAUGCUGACUUUCAAACUGUAUGGCCAUUUAUACAUUUUAACAUUACACAUUACUACUAGGGCCAGGAGUUUUUCAAGACCACAUGACCUGACAAGGACAAACAGGCUCUAGUUAAAGGUACACAUGGGCACUUCUUUGGAGUGAAAAAUGCCUCUUACCCAAGAGCUGGAGAAUGAAAGCUUAUCUUAGUCUCUGAAUAUUAUCCUAAUUGUUUUCAUGGAAGUUAAAACAAACAGCCUUGACUUCCCAUAGCAACCACAUGAGUGGCUUCCCAUAGCAACCAAAUAAGUAAGAAGCCCUCAUAUCAGAUGCAUGUUCAAUCACCUCUCUCUGCCAUACAAUCACCUCUGCUGGUGCCCAGCGGCUAGUUCUAGGUUAUGUCCAAAAUAGCACCCUAUUCCCUAUAUAGUGCACUACUUUUGACCAAGGCCCAUAGGGCUCUGGUGAAACGUAGUGCACUAUGUAAGGAAAUAGGGUGCUAUUUUGGACGCUACCCUAGUGUUAAGUGAUAUCGUAGGCCCACAAAAGAACUUUGUGACUGCGAGGAGAGGUUUGCAGAACUUAUGACUGGCCGUGACUUGUCUAAGCAUAACUUAUGACUGGCCGUGACUUGUCUAAGCAUAACUUAUGACUGGCGGUGAAUCUGUCAGUAAACAGCAUGCAGACAAAACAGGCCUUUUGCAAUAUUUCAAAUGCAAUCGCGGGAAAUCACAGGUUGGAAAGCAAAUGGCUCCUGCUGAAAAGAGAAGUCUAAUCCAUAUGCUGUAGGCUACCAAAAUAUUUGAUCAACUUCCAAAUAUUGUUUUACAAAGUAAAACAAGAGAGAGGCUUUUGGCACGAACGCAUCAGCCAUCACUGGCGAGUGAGCUGCGCAUCAUUGGGUGAGUCAGUGAAACUGGAAAGCAUUUUUAGGACUAGAAUUUCCUCCUCAUAUUGUAGCCUACAAUAUGUGCAUCUCCACACACACUUAGGCCUGGCUAUUGAUGGAUUCAAGACAAGGUUAUUUUUAUUGAUCUCCGAUUCUCAGUUUGUCAGUGUCAAAGUAGCCUGUCAUUUCGAUAAGUUGCAUUAUGAUUGCUAAGUAUUAUUUGUUUCAUCGAAACAUAGUUUUUGACAAAAAACCUUCCCUAAUGUAUGCAUUGCUGAAAUUAACCAACCCUGAUGUCAGUUAGCCAGCACGUAGGUUUGGAAACCUAAGUCGAAACUAAACUGACAGUAUUUUUUCACACUGCGUUUCCUGCCAGAACGCAUCCAAGCAGGCCGCCGCGGCUGCCACUCAGACCAUAGCCGCCGCCCAGCACGCCGCCUCGUCCAAUAAGAACCCAGCAGCCCAGCAGCAGCUCGUCCAGAGCUGCAAGGUGAGAGCUCCGCUGCCAUGACAACCCAACCAUCACUCUCUUCCUGGUUUCUGGUCCUGUGGGGUCAGGCAUAGGUUACUGAGUACUAGUAUCAUGCCUUCUCUCUUUUUCCUUCUCUCUCUCUCUCUCUCUCUCUCUCUCUCUCUCUCUCUCUCUGUCUCUCUCUCUCUGUCUCUCUCCUCUCUCUCUGUCUGUCUCUCUCUUCUCUGUCUCUCUCUGUCUCUCUGUCUCUCUCUCUCUCUGUUUCUCUCUCUGUCUCUCUCUCUCUCUCUCUCUCUCUCUCUCUGUUUCUCUCUCUGUCUCUCUCUCUCUCUCUCUCUCUCUCUCUCUCUGUCUCUCUCUCUUUCUCUCUCUUUUUUUUCUUCUCUCUCUCUUUUCUCUCUCUCUCUCUCGGGGUACAAUUACUGUAGUAAAUCUCAAAUAAAAUAUUUUUGACUUUGACAUUCUGAAUUAGAUUGUAGUUCAGGUGUCCUUCAUUGUACACUGAUCUUGUGAUUGGUCAUGUAUGCAGUCAUGUGAGCAGUGAUUGCUUCAUUGCACUGUAAGAGUGAGAGUAGAGCAUUGUGCUUAAGUGUGUGUUAUUGUUUCUACCCUACAUAUCUUCCAUUUGGUUGGUUGAUUGUUUAAUUCAUUGGCCGACCUGUUUGUUUGUGUCAGGUGGUGGCAGACCAGAUUCCUCAGCUGGUCCAGGGGGUACGUGGCAGCCAGUCCCAGCCCGACAGCCCCAGUGCCCAGCUCACCCUCAUCGGGGCCGGCCAGAACUUCCUCCUGGUGAGACCCUCUUCUCUACCCUGCCCCCUAUAACGUGUUUUUUUUUCCUGAUUCUUAUAUAACUUCGCAAAGAAGCAUGCUCACCUAAAAUAAAUAUGACACAAAACAAGGAAGCUUGUCCUCUGAAGUCUCCUGGAGUCAAUUUGAUUUAUUACAAACUACACAGGACCAAUGUUUUAGUAGCAUGCAACUUCUCUCUCCUUUGUAAAAAAUAAACAAGUUUACACUUUCCUUCCUCCAUCCACUCCCAUGCCCUCAGCCUGGUGCCAAGAUGGUGACAGCUGCCAAGGCCACAGUACCCACCAUUGGCGACCAGUCCUCUGCCAUGCAACUCAGCCAGUGUGCCAAGAACCUGGCCACUGCCCUUGCCGAGCUCCGCACGGCCGCACAGAAGGUACCAAACACCCCCCAAAUGCACUCAACAAGGACCUGUUGUUUGACCUUGUUAGCGGUUUCGUUAGUGGAAUUAGCUAGCUAGCUUGCUCCAUUUAGCUGAAACACUGUAUUAGUGGUUUAGCUAGUGGAAUUAGCUAGCUACAGUAGCUUACGCCAUAACUAGCUGAAACACUGUAUUAGCUCACUCCAUAGCUAACUUGAGUAACACCACUGUAUUAUAGCACUGUAGUUAGAGGUUUCGCUAGCAGGCCCUGUCUUGCCCAAUAUGGGAUCCCUAUUCUGUUCGGUCUUCCCUUUCCCCACUUCCUGUGUUGACUUCCUGUCAUGUCACUUCCUGUCAUGUGAUCCAGGCACAGGAAGCAUGUGGUCCUCUGGAGAUCGACAAUGCUCUGACAGUGGUCCGAGGCCUGGAGAAAGACAUGGCGGAGGCCAAGGCCUCCGCCGGCGACGGCAAACUCAAACCCCUGCCCGGAGAAACGGUGAGAGUCUCACACACAUACAUACACACAUUCAUGCACACACACACACACGAUACACCUCGCAUAUGCCGUAUGCAUACUGUACUUGUAGGCUAGCAGGAAGUUUGACACACCACACACACACCACACACCCCUGCCCUGGUAGAUGGCAAGCACAUGCACAAAUACACAUAUUUCCACAAACACACAGUACUGUGCAUACAAGCUAACCACAACCUGUGCAACAGUAUCCAGACUAUACAGUACUAAGUGAACACACUCAACCCAUCUCUCCCACGCUCUUCCUGUCACAUGACUUGUGACAGGAAUAACUUGUGACAAGUUAACUACUGACUUUCAGCAUGCAUAUAGAGAAGGGCAUUCAACUUGUACUGCACUGACUCAGAUGACUGAUGAUUGGCUAAAGGAAAUGGAUAAUAAGAUGAUAGUGUUAUGAAAAUGUAAUGUCAUGUAAUAUUUUAAACUGUAUAUAACUGUCUUAAUGUUGCUGGACCCCAGAAGGAGUAGCUGCUGCCUUGGCAGCAGCUAAUGGGGCUCCUUAAUAAAUACAAAAUACAAAUAGUUGGAGCUGUAUUGUUAGAUUUCAAUGCAGGAUUUGAUGUUAUUGAUCAUAAAUUGUUAUUGAAGAAACUCACUUGUUAUGGCUUUACAUCACCUGCCAUCACAUGGUUGGAGAGUCAUUUAUCCAGUAGAAUCCAGAGAGUCACAUGGUUGGAGAGUCAUUUAUCCAGUAGAAUCCAGAGAGUCACAUGGUUGGAGAGUCAUUUAUCCAGUAGAAUCCAGUGAGUCACAUGGUUGGAGAGUCAUUUAUCCAAUAGAACCCAGAGAGUCACAUGGUUGGAGAGUCAUUUAUCCAGUAGAAUCCAGUGAGUACAUGGUUGGAAGUCAUUUAUCAAUAGAACCCAGAGAGUCACAUGGUUGGUAGAGUCAUGUUAUCCAAUAGAACCCAGAGUCACAGGUUGAGAGUCAUUAUCCAGUAGAAUCCAGUGAGUCACAUGGUUGGAGAGUCAUUUAUCCAGUAGAACCCAGUGAGUGUUCUUCAAUGGAAGCUUCUCUAACAUCAGAUAUGUACAAUGUGGUUUCCCUCAGGGCUGUUGCCUUGGGGUGUUACUCUUCCUAUUUUACAAUGAUUUGCCAUUUGUCUUACACCAAGCUAAAAUGACUAUGUAUGCUGAUGAUUGCACACUCUACACAUCAGCACCUACAGACAGUGAGCUCACUGAGACGAUGCAAGGGGUUACAGUCGGUGUCAGAAUGGGUCAUUAACAGUAAACAGGUCUUAAAUACAUCUAAAACCAAAAACAUUCUCUUAGACCUAAACCGGAGUUGUACAUAAAGGGUGUGACCAUUGAACAAGUGGAAGAAGCUGAACUCCUAGGAGUAACAUUGGAUGGUCAGUUAUCAUGGCCAAGUCAUAUUGACAAAAUGUGCAUGUGCAGUAGCUAAUGGGGAUCCUAAUAAACUCAACUAAACUUGUAGCCACAUGCACAGCAGUAGAUUUCAACACCCACCACAGAAUCAGGUAGGUAGGCUGAUUACAACACCCACCACAGAAUCAGGUAGGUAGGCUGAUUACAACACCCACCACAGAAUCAGGUAGAUAGGCUGAUUUCAACACCCACCACAGAAUCAGGUAGGUAGGCUGAUUACAACACCCACCACAGAAUCAGGUAGGUAGGCUGAUUACAACACCCACCACAGAAUCAGGUAGGUAGGCUGAUUACAACACCCACCACAGAAUCAGGUAGAUAGGCUGAUUUCAACACCCACCACAGAAUCAGGUAGGUAGGCUGAUUUCAACACCAACCACAGAAUCAGGUAGGUAGGCUGAUUUCAACACCCACCACAGAAUCAGGUAGGUAGGCUGAUUACAACACCCACCACAGAAUCAGGUAGAUAGGCUGAUUUCAACACCCACCACAGAAUCAGGUAGGUAGGCUGAUUUCAACACCCACCACAGAAUCAGGUAGGUAGGCUGAUUUCAACACCCACCACAGAAUCAGGUAGGUAGGCUGAUUUCAACACCCACCACAGAAUCAUGAAUCAUGCCUCAGCACCCGUCUAUGUGACUGUGCCCACAUGAGGAUUACAAGUACUUGACUGUGAGAAUUCCAACCACAGUGCAGACACAUACGAACCCACACACACUUAACUGGCCCCCAAUGCUUUGUAUGCCAGAGCAGUCUGUAAAAUGAAACCGGAUAUACUGUACUUUAUGCAUGUUUAUGAUUCUUUUAAAAAAUCGAAUCAACAGUUCACUCCUACUCAUGUUACUUUAUUGAAUUAGUCUGUGUAUGAAUCUAAGAAAUUAUACAAGUGAAAGUAUGUGUAUUGUGGCAUAUAUUGUAUCACUAAUGUGUGUGUGUGUGUGUGUGUGUGUGUGUGUGUGUGUGUGUGUGUGUGUGUGUGUGUGUGUGUGUGUGUGUGUGUGUGUGUGUGUGUGUGUGAUUGCAGCUGGAGAAGUGCUCUCAGGACGUGGGCAACAGCACUAAGGCUGUGAGCUCUGCCAUCGCCCAGCUGCUGAGUGAGGCCACCCAGGGCAACGAGAACUACACAGGUAGCUACAGUAGUAUACAAACUGGUCACCCAGGGCAACGAGAACUACACAGGUAGCUACAGUAGUAUACAAACUGGUCACCCAGGGCAACGAGAACUACACAGGUAGCUACAGUAGUAUACAAACUGGUCACCCAGGGCAACGAGAACUACACAGGUAGCUACAGUAGUAUACAAACUGGUCACCCAGGGCAACGAGAACUACACAGGUAGCUACAGUAGUAUACAAACUGGUCACCCAGGGCAACGAGAACUACACAGGUAGCUACAGUAGUAUACAAACUGGUCACCCAGGGCAACGAGAACUACACAGGUAGCUACAGUAGUAUACAAACUGGUCACCCAGGGCAACGAGAACUACACCGGUAGCUACAUUAGUAUACAAACUGGUCACCCAGGGCAACGAGAACUACACAGGUAGCUACAGUAGCAUACAAACUGGUCACCCAGGGCAACGAGAACUACACAGGUAGCUACAGUAGUAUACAAACUGGUCACCCAGGGCAACGAGAACUACACAGGUAGCUACAGUAGUAUACAAACUGGUCACCCAGGGCAGGAGAACCCUGGACUAGAGCAGUACUCUUCAACCCUGUUCCUGGAGAGCUAUCGUCCUGUAGGUUUUCACUCCAACCCUAAUGUAAUGCACCUGAUUCUAUUAAUUAGCUGGUUGAUAAGCUGAAUUGGGUUAGUUACAACUGGGGUUGGAUUGAAAACCUAAAGGAGAGUGGCUCUCCAGCAACAGGGUUGGGAGAGCCCUGGCCUAGAGGUAAUUUACUGAAGUAUGUCAUAAUAAAGAAUGUAGCUCAGAUAAUAAGAGGAUCAUGAAGCCCUCAGCCAUGUGCACUCAGUUUAAUAUACAGUGUGUCUGACAGCAUUAAAGCCUAAAGAUUUAUCUGGUGGGAGGAAAGAAGACGACUCAGGAGCACCCUCUAGUGGAGACAGACAGUACUUACGCUUUGUCCCCUCUCUCUCUAUCUCUAUUUCUCGAUCUCUCUCUCACUCUCGCUCUCGCUCACUCUCUCUCAGGUAUGGCAGCCAGAGACGUGGCUCAGGCACUGCGAUCUCUGGCCUCGGCCGCCCGUGGGGUUGCUGCGACGACUGCCGACCCUCAGGCCCGCAACGCCAUGCUGGACUGCGCUGGUGACGUCAUGGACAAGUCGGCCAAUCUGAUCGAGGAGACCAAGAGAGCCAUUGCCAAGCCGGGAGACCCCGACAGCCAACAGAGACUGGCACAGGUCAGUCAGAGACACAGUCUGUCAGGUUUAUACACUUGGAUAUUUGUUGCCAAUACGCAAAGAGCUCACUAUUAGAAUGGAAGCCCGUCAACAGUCACAAUCAAGAUUGUGCUUCCAUGAAAGACCUUAGGAAACAUCAUAUCCACCAAAAAAAAUGCUUUUAUUGAAUGUGUUUGUGUGUGUAUAUAGGUGGCCAAGGCUGUAUCCCAGUCCCUGAACAGGAGCGUGAACUGCCUGCCUGGACAGAGAGAUGUGGACAACGCCAUUAGAACAGUCGGAGAGGCCAGCAAGAAACUAUUGGCCAAUUCUGUGAGUAGAAAAUCACACCAAAACCAAAAUAGUUGGUAACGUCGUUCUGAUGUUUUAGGACUACUUUUAGUUUUCUACCAUUACUUCUCAUUCUCUUAAUUUAUCCCCCCCCCCCCACUCCCUCUCUUCUCCAGUUCCCGCCCAGUGGGAAGAGUUUCCAGGAGGCGCAGGUCAACCUGAACCAGGCUGCAGCCGGUCUCAACCAGUCAGCCAAUGAGCUGGUCCAGUCGUCCAGAGGCACCACCCAGGACCUGGCCAGGGCCACUGGCAAGUUCGGCCAUGACUUCGGAGAGUUCCUGGAGGCCGGCGUGGACAUGGCCGGCCAGUCACAGGUCAGAGAAGGACACGGAAGAAACACCAGUGUCAUGUGACUGGGGUGAAAUGAUAUCUAUGUGUUGUUCAGGUUGAGUGAUGUUGUGUAGCGAAUUUCAUUGUGUAGGAUGCAGUGGUCAUAUGUUUUGUUAAGUGUAUGUGUAGGAGAGAGGAGGACGGGACGUAUCUUCAGAUAUAUGCACGCAAUUCACUCUUAUCAGCAUGAAAUACACUAUUUUAGGCAUGAAAUUCACUCUUUAACAGCCAACGUUUGAUUAGUGGUAGAUAUAUCGUUUUGCUUUCUAUGCUUGUGUGUGUCAUAUGUUACUAACUUCAUAUGUGCGUGAAUGACUGAGAGAACCUACCCUCAGUGCCACGCAGGUCGUCCUCUGAAUGGAACCCUUUACUUCCUCUCUGCUCUCCGUUCAGAACAAGGAGAAUCAGACGCAGGUGGUGUCCAACCUCAAGACCAUCUCCAUGUCGUCCAGUAAGCUGCUGCUCGCCGCCAAAGUCCUGUCCACUGACCCCAACUCCCCCAACCUCAAGAACCAACUUGCAGCUGCCGCUCGGUAAGAACUGCCCCCACUUUUCCACAGCCAUCAAAGCAUCCACAGUGCAGUUACCUACAGAUACCAGGCUUGGGUUCAGUUCUACUUUCAACUGUAUUCUAAUGAAAUCAAUUCAGGCAUUCAUUGAAAUUCCAGUUUUGAACUGGAAAUGUCCUGUCAUUUUCAAUGGGGAUCUUUUCAAUUUCACAAUUUAAAUAGCGAAAUGUGUUACCCUCUCAUGGUGCUCCGUGCUAAUUGUUAACAUGUUCCAUUCCACGUUAUUCAAGUACUUGUUAGCAUACACACUGAAUACGCACACACACGCACACACACACAAACUGAGUGACACACACCACCCGCUCUCAUAUACAUUAUACACAGCUCUGAGCAUUCUCCCUGUCUUUCACACACACACACACGUUACAAUAGUCACAUUCUUGUAUGCACGUCUUCAUACACUCGUGUGUCCGUAGGUGCGUUAGAAAGAGCAGGGUUAUAUAACAAACUGUCAGUAGCGGUUUAGUUUGAAUGAAAAGUUAAACGUGACACUCCUCUCCCAGUUGGAUGUCAUGAUGACGGGAGCCACCUCCCUCGAUUACAAGAGCUCCGUGGUGAAGUUUCCCCUAGGGUACAGAUCUAGGAUCAGCUUCCCCUCCCCCAAUCCUAACCUUAACCUUUAAUGGAGAAAAUGAAAAGCUGACCUAAAAUCAGCAUCUAGGGGGCAACUUCACUCUACUCCGUUAUGAGACUCAAGGAAAAGACAUGACAGGCUUUGAUUGAACACUUCUCUAUUUUUCUAAAGGCACCACUUUAGACUUUAGUGUGGGCUGCUACAUUCUUUUGUCUGGCUUCUUUCGCUCCUUUGCCUCCCUCAUUCUCCCUCCUCCUUCACUCUCUCGUUCCCUGUUCUUCCUCUCCCUCCUCCUUCACGCUCUCGCUUCGGUUCUUUUUAUUCACACUGUCCAACUUACUUAUUUUUCUCUCUCUCUCUCUCUCUCUGUCUCUCUCUCUCUCUGUCUCUGUCUCUGUCUCUGUCUCUCUCUCUCUCUCUCUCUCUCUCUCUCUCUCUCUGUCUCUGUCUCUCUCUGUCUCUCUCUCUCUGUCUCUCUCUGUCUGUCUCUCUCUGUCUCUCUGUCUGUCUGUCUCUCUGUCUGUCUCUGUCUGUCUCUGUCUCUCUCUGUCUCUCUGUCUCUCUCUGUCUCUCUCUCUCUGUCUCUCCCUCUGUCUCUCCCUCUCUGUCUCUCUCUCUCUCUCUCUCUCUCUUCUCUCUCUCUCUCUUCUCUCUCUCUCUCUGUCUCUGUCUCUGUCUCUGUCUCUCUGUCUCUCUGUCUCUCUCUCUCUCUCUUUCAAUGUCUCUACCUUUUCUUUUUCACUCUCUACCUUUCGGUUUCUGAUGAGAAAACGGCACACCAGUUCUCUGUAGAGAUUCUAAGCACCAAAGCUCUGUAGCGUGUGUGGGCGAACGGCAAUUUACAGCGAGCUGCUGGUGCUCUCAUUCACACACACACACACACACACACACACACACACACACACACACACACACACACCCUUGCUGCUACUCUUUCGCUAACACACUCCUGCAUGUUUUCUCACAUGCAAUCUCUCCCUCUCUCCGUCCACAGUGCCGUCACUGACAGUAUCAACCAGCUCAUCACCAUGUGUACCCAGCAGGCCCCGGGCCAGAAGGAGUGUGACAACGCUCUCCGGGAGCUCGAGGUACACCCCUUCUUCCCUUCUCUCCUCUUUUUCUGUUAUCUGUUUGUUUUUUGUCUUUCAAUCUCUGAACAGUUUGUCGGAUGACUGAUUCAGUUGUUGGUAUAUGUGAGCGCUGUGGAGUGAUGAGCGGUUGCUAAGGCUGGGAGAGUGUGUUAUUGUACUACUGGGAUGGGACUUGAGGUGAUAGGUACACUAUGUACUGUAUUACUGCAUGUUGUAUUCUGUAGGUGGAUAUUAUUCUGUAGGUGGAUAAUUAAUAAUUAAUUAAAUAAAUUAAUAAAUAAAUAAAUUAAUAAAUAUUAAAGAUAUAGUUCAGUAAAAUGGUGUAUUUAAAUUUACAUCUAUGAUUUAAAAUGGCUUAUUUAUACAUAUUCAUUACAGACUACUGUUCUUCCUCUCACCCCUCCUUCAGUUACCUCAUCAAAAUAUUUUGUUGCUCAGUGACUUGAUUUGAAGUUAUUUUUAAAUGAUUUCGGCAUGGAAUUUGAAACGCGCUAAAUGGGGGACAUUGACUUGCAUAGUUUAUCUUUUGAAAAAGCUCAUAUUGGCUUGUGGCUAGAUGAACAAACCAAAGUGUGGAUUGUACUCCCUCCUUGUCCAUAGACUGUUUGCAAGGUAAGGAAACAAAUAUAUGAAUAUGUAAUAUCGCUGAACCAUCCCUUCAAUGUAUUAAAGAGGUGAUUGGUCAAGAACACGUUACUAUUUUCUACUGUUUUCUACUAUUAUAUAUUCAUAUUAGAAAUAUAUAAUAUUAAUAUAUAUCAACAUAUUGAUUUAUCAAUAUCAAUAUCUUUAUGCAUUUCUGAUGUUUUUUUAUUUAUUUGGUCAUAGACUUGAAAUAAUCUCUAUUGGCAUAUAUUUUUAUUUGUUUAACACUUUUUUGGUUACUACAAGAUUCCAUAUGUGUUAUUUCAUAGUGUUGAUGUCUUCACUAUUAUUCUACAAUGUAGAAGAUAGUAACAAAUAAAGAAAAACCCUUGAAUGAGUAGGUGUGUCCAAACUUUUGACUGGUAGUGUAUAUGUGGGGCGUGUCUGAGUCCGUGUCCAUGUAUAGUAGCCUAUGUGUUCUGUAUGUGACUGUGUGGGUUGUUUGUUUCUAACCUGUGCACCUUGUCUCUCCAGACUGUUCGGGGUUUGCUUGAGAACCCCACGGAGGCUGUCAGUGACCUCUCCUACUUUGACUGCAUCGACAGUGUCAUGGAGAACUCCAGUAAAAGACAGAGACCCUUGAUAAUAUUAAUCUCCAUUCGCAGCUUUCUCAUGUAACAAUAGACUACGCUCCUUCCCUCUGAAAUUCCUCUCCCCCCCUAACUUCCCCCUCCUUGCCUCCUCCCCCUUCUUCCCCCCAUUCUCCCCGUCCUUCCCACCUACCAAUCCCUACCUCCCCCUUCGUCCGACUCGCUCCUCCCUCCCUACUCCCUCCCACCCCGACAGCCACCCACCCUACCCACUCUCCUACAAUCAUCCCUACUUCAACCCUAACUUAUGCUACGAACGCUAAGAGUCUCCUAGACGCCCGCACCGCUAACCCUCCCCUUCAGAAAAACCUACAUCCCUCCCUCCUCUCCUUCCCCCAAUCCCUCCCUACAUCACGCCCUCAUUGCACCUCCCUCUUCCACAAAUAAUCACACCCACCCAUCCUACUCCAGACUCUCUCCGUCCCUCCCUACCUUCCUACCUCCUCCCCCAGUCCGGUCCUUACCUGCCCACCUUCCACCCUCUUCCUUCCCUCCCUACGUCCUUCCCUCCCUCCCUUCCUACUAUUUUAAAUCUAUUUGCCUUGUGUCCUGCAGGUCCUGGGGGAAGCCAUGGCUGGAAUCUCCCACAACGCUAAGAACAGCAAUCUGCCUGAGUUUGGGGACUCGGUCAGCUCUGGCUCUAAAGCCCUGUGUGGCCUUACUGAAGCAGCUGCCCAGGUAAACCACCUUCCAGUCCAGCAGACCAGGAGUGUGUCCAAAAUUGGACCCUAUUCCCUAUAUACCCUAUGGGUCCUGGCCCGAGGUAGUGCACUACAUGGAGAAUAGGGUGCCAUUUGGGACACAGGCUAGCAGCCUAAUGCCCACAGGGAUGCGUUGCAUUGCAUAGUUGGAUGGUCCACGCUCGAAUACAUCGGCCUAAUUAUUCUCUCAGCCAAUGAGGCAAUUCAAUGCUAGCUUAGGAACAUCUGGACCUAGGAGUGCAUAUCAAAUGGAGGGAUGCAUUGGCAGUCACUUCGAACAGUCAAUUCCCUGUCAACUCACCAGCGUACAUUUAUACAGUAGGGCACACAUGCGUACUCUCAGAUAAUGACACAAAAGCGCGCGAGCACACACACACACACACACACACACACACACACACACACACACACACACAGGUGACUAAUGGCUGUGAGUGAGGCCUGUCGUGUGUAAAUGGUCUCUCAGUAUGUGGCUCUCUGACAGCUCCCACACAGUCUACUCAUCACAGUAAGCUUAUGUUCAUUUUGCUCUCUCUCACACAAAUUCACAAUGGCUCUGCGGUACUGCCCGUUGAAGAGUUGACUGCGCGCGUGUGCGUUUCCGCGCGUGUGCGUGUUUGCGUAUGUGCUCAUGCAUUGAUUCUGUGUGUGUUUGUGUGCGUUUUUGAGUGCGUCUGUGUCUGAGUGUUUGUUUCUGUGUGUGAAUGCAUGUUGUUGCCAUGGCAAAGAGUGGCAAGAGGAGCGUAAAGUGAAAGAUGGGGAAGAUCUUGGAAAACCCAGUUAAUAGACCUGUAACAUGUUUUGUUGGAAUACCGUGUAGCUCAGUUGGUAGAGCAUGGCGCUUGCAACGCCAGGGUUGUGGGUUCGAUUCCCACGGGGGGCCAGUAUGAUUUUUUUAAAUAAUUUUUUUAUGUAUGCACUCACUAACUGUAAGUCGCUCUGGAUAAGAGCGUCUGCUAAAUGACUAAAAUGUAAAUGUGAAAAAAUGAUAUAAACCCUGUUAAUAGACCUAUAACAUGUUUUGUUGGAAUACCGUUUGAUAAACUCACUGUUAUGGCUCUGUGUAGUGCUUCACAUGCUAACGUUAUCAGUCAACAAUAAGAGUUGCUACAUUAGUGAUCAUCGAAUAAAAGCAGCCAUCGUCGUAGAUGUUUUGCUGUAAUUUUUUUAGCUCUGUAAAAAUGUACGUUUCCCCUUUUGUUCUAACUCCUGUCAGCACUUGUUAAGUUUAUCUUGUUUAGUUAAUUAAAACCAUCCAUACAUCAUUCAUUUGCCUGACAAAACCUAUUCAAGAUUGCCAUUGCUAAUUCUCUGGCUUUAUGUGAUACUGACCAAUGAGCUGUGUUGACCUUACAGGGUGCCUACCUGGUUGCAGUGUCAGACCCCAAAAGCCACGCGGGCCAGAAAGGGUUGGUGGACCCUGGCCAGUUUGCCCGUGCCAACCAGUCCAUCCAGAUGGCAUGCCAGAACCUGGUGGACCCAGCCUGCACCCAGUCCCAGGUAGAUACCACACAGACACAGGUGCCUGCGCACAAACACACACACACACACACACACACACAUCGUCAGCGGUCCCUCGCAGUGAAGGAUGACUUUGGUGUUUCAAUAUAAUUUGAGUAGCACACGUGCGCAUAUGAUCGUACGAAUGAACACUCCUGCAUGGAUGCACUCACCCGCUUACUCAAGGUACAUGGAUAAACACACAUGCACACACUCAUACUGUUGACGUCAGAAGUUUACAUACACCUUAGCCAAAUACAUUUAAACUCAGUUUUUCACAAUUCCUGACAUUUCAUCCUAGUGAAGAUUCCCUGUCUUAGGUCAGUUAGGAUCCCCAUUUUAUUUUAAGAAUGUGAAAUGUCAGAAUAAUUGUAGAGAGAAUGAUUUAUUUCAGCUUUUAUUUAUUUCAUCACAUUCCCAUUGCCUUUAAAUUGUUUAACUUGGGUCAAACGUUUCGGGUAGCCUUCCACAAGCUCCCCACAAUAAGUUGGGUGAAUUUUGGCCCAUUCCUCCUGACAGAGCUGGUGUAACUGAGUCAGGUUUGUAGGCCUCCUUGCUCGCAAACGCUUUUUCAGUUCUGCCCACAAAUGUUCUAUAGUAUUGAGGUCAGGGCUUUGUGAUGGCCACUCCAAUACCUUGACUUUGUUGUCCUUAAGCCAUUUCGCCACAACUUUGGAAGUAUGCUUGGGGUCAUUGUCCAUUUGGAAGACCCAUUUGCGACCAAGCUUUAACUUCCUGACUGAUGUCUUGAGAUGUUGCUUCAAUAUAUCCACAUUAUUUUCCUUCCUCAUGAUGUCAUCUAUUUUGUGAAGUGCACCAGUCCCUCCUGCAGAGAAGCACCCCCACAGCAUGAUGCUGCCACCCCCGUGCUUCACGGUUGGGAUGGUGUUCUUUGGCUUGCAAGCCACCCUCUUUUUCCUCCAAACAUAACGAUGGUCAUUAUGGCCAAACAGUUCUAUUUUUGUUUCAUCAGACCAGAGGACAUUUCUCCAAAAAGUACGAUCUUUGUCCCCAUGUGCAGUUGCAAACCGUAGUCUGGCUUUUUUUAUGGCGGUUUUGGAGCAGUGGCUUCUUCCUUGCUGAGUGGCCUUUCAGGUUAUGUCGAUAUAGGACUCGUUUUACUGUGGAUAUAGAUACUUUUGUACCUGUUUCCUCCAGCAUCUUCACAAGGUCAUUUGCUGUUGUUCUGGGAUUGAUUUGCACUUUUUGCACCGAAGUACGUUCAUCUCUAGGAGACAGAACACGUCUCCUUCCUGAGCGGUAUGACAGCUGCGUGGUCCCAUGGUGUUUAUACUUGAGUACUAUUGUUUGUACAGAUGAACGUGGUACAUUCAGGCGUUUGGAAAUUGCUCCCAAGGAUGAACCAGACUUGUGGAUGUCUAAAAAAAAAAAUCUGAGGCCUUGGCUGAUUUCUUCUCAUUUUCCCAUGAUGUCAAGCAAAGAGGCACUGAGUUUGAAGGUAGGCCUUGAAAUACAUCCACAGGUACACCUCCAAUUGACUCAAAUGAUGUCAAUUAGCCUAUCAGAAGCUUCUAAAUCAAUUUUCAGGAAUUUUCCAAGCUGUUUAAAGGCACAGUCAACUUAGUGUAUGUAAACUUCUGACCCACUGGAAUUGUGAUACAGUGAAUUAUAAGUGAAAUAAUUUGUCUGUAAACAAUUGUUGGAAAAAGUACUUGUGUCAUGCACAAAGUAGAUGUCCUAACCGACUUGCCAAAACUAUAGUUUGUUAACAAGAAAAUUGUGGAGUGGUUGAAAAACGAGUUUUAAGGACUCCAACCUAAGUGUAUGUAAACUUCCGACUUCAACUGUACACUCACUGACAAACUCAUUGACUCCCUCACUCACAUGCCACACCACACAGACCAUGCAUCUAACCAACCUAAACUUGCUCUGCAUACCAUUUUCUAUAUGUCCACUGUGUACAGAAUCAAAGUGAACAAAGACGACCAAUAUUUCUGAACAGAAGCUGCGUUUCCGUCUUUUAGCCGCCUACUUCAGACACCACCUCUUGUUUCCCAAGGUCCUCUCUGCCGCCACCAUCGUUGCCAAGCACACGUCAGCACUGUGCAACGCCUGUCGCCUGGCCUCCUCCAAAACAGCCAACCCUGUUGCCAAGCGACAGUUUGUACAGUCCGCUAAGGAGGUGGCUAACAGCACAGCCAAUCUGGUGAAGUCCAUCAAAGUGAGUAAAUAGUAACUUAUUUUUGAGUUGAUAUGUACCGUUCAAUGUACCGUACAGGUUGGGGCUGCGGCAAGGUACAUCGUUAAUGUGACAAAAUCUGGCACGGUGACUCAUGCGCCAAGUUCAUUAGCAAUUAUCUAACAAUAACCCAUGCAAUAAAUACAUUUCUGAAAUAUGUCCCUGAUAGUGCAGUUACAUCCACUUUGGAUCAAAUGUUUUUUUUUACUGCAGUUUAACUUUAGAAUGGCAUUGUGUCACUAAUGAAUGUAACCCUGUUGUGUGUGCUUAGGCCCUGGACGGAGCAUUCAACCAGCAGAACAGAGAGAAGUGUAGGGCCGCCACCGGCCCCCUGAUAGAAGCUGUGGAUAACCUUACUGCCUUCGCCUCCAACCCAGAGUUCGCCAGCGUGCCCGCUCAGAUCAGCUCUGAGGUACUACACUUGCUUCCCUACUGUCUCUGUGGUUACACUGUCCCCCUGUACUUUUCCUCCUAGUAAGUAGCCAGAAAUGCCCAAUUUUGGCAGCUUGAUGUACAAGUACACCGCCUACCCCACAAUUAUUCUCCUUAAUGCUGAGGCAUUGUGUCCCAUUUCUAAGUAUUUGGUAUGACUCGACCAGGGAUCGAACCCCCAACCUUCCAGUCUCAGGGUGGAAACUCUAACCACAAGGCCACUGAGCUUGUUGUCCUCCCCUGAUGAAAAUAAAGCCGGAUUCAGACAUUCAGAUAAAGCCUACAUGAUGAAUGUGACACAUCACUUCAAUGCCAAGACAACAUGAUGAAUCUACCAUAAAUGUUUAAUGUUAGUUGAUUUAAUACUGAUGACAUGAGAUACUACGUUGUCCACUUUUUUGUGGGGGAGACAAUGGGUAUGGGAACAUCAGAUGUUACACAGUAAACCAGAAUGUUGUCUAUUGUUCCAACCCCCAGGGCCUGGCAGCGAUGGAGCCCAUCGUGGCUGCAGCUAAGACCAUGCUAGAGAGCUCCACAGGUCUGAUCCAGACUGCUCGCUCCCUGGCUGUCAACCCCAAAGACCCCCCCAAGUGGUCAGUGCUGGCCGGACACUCCAGGACCGUUUCCGACUCCAUCAAGAAACUUAUCACCAACAUGAGGUAACCGCUGACAUGGUCAGUUACCACAGCAGAGAUAGAUACUGUGUCAACAUGAGGUAACCGCUGACAUGGUCAGUUACCGCAGCAGAGAUAGAUACUGUGUCAACAUGAGGUAACCGCUGACAUGGUCAGUUACCACAGCAGAGAUAGAUACUGUGUCAACAUGAGGUAACCGCUAACAUGGUCAGUUACCGCAGCAGAGAUAGAUACUGUGUCAACAUGAGGUAACCGCUUACAUGGUCAGUUACCGCAGCAGAGAUAAAUACUGUGUCAACAUGAGGUAACCGCUAACAUGGUCAGUUACCGCAGCAGAGAUAGAUACUGUGUCAACAUGAGGUAACCGCUUACAUGGUCAGUUACCGCAGCAGAGAUAAAUACUGUGUCAACAUGAGGUAACCGCUAACAUGGUCAGGUUCCACAGCAGAGAUAGAUACUGUGUCAACAUGAGGUAACCGCUAACAUGGUCAGUUACCGCAGCAGAGAUAGAUACUGUGUCAACAUGAGGUAACCGCUUACAUGGUCAGUUACCGCAGCAGAGAUAAAUACUGUGUCAACAUGAGGUAACCGCUGACAUGGUCAGUUACCGCAGCAGAGAUGGAUAAUGUGUCAACAUGAGGUAACCGCUAACAUGGUCAGUUACCGCAGCAGAGAUAGAUACUGUGUCAACAUGAGGUAACCGCUUACAUGGUCAGUUACCGCAGCAGAGAUAGAUACUGUGUCAACAUGAGGUAACCGCUGACAUGGUCAGUUACCACAGCAGAGAUAGAUACUGUGUCAACAUGAGGUAACCGCUAACAUGGUCAGUUACCACAGCAGAGAUAAAUACUGUGUCAACAUGAGGUAACCGCUAACAUGGUCAGUUACCACAGCAGAGAUAGAUACUGUGUCAACAUGAGGUAACCGCUGACAUGGUCAGUUACCGCAGCAGAGAUAAAUACUGUGUCAACAUGAGGUAACCGCUAACAUGGUCAGUUACCACAGCAGAGAUAGAUACUGUGUCAACAUGAGGUAACCGCUGACAUGGUCAGUUACCGCAGCAGAGAUAGAUACUGUGUCAACAUGAGGUAACCGCUAACAUGGUCAGUUACCACAGCAGAGAUAGAUACUGUGUCAACAUGAGGUAACCGCUAACAUGGUCAGGUACCACAGCAGAGAUAGAUACUGUGUCAACAUGAGGUAACCGCUAACAUGGUCAGUUACCGCAGCAGAGAUAGAUACUGUGUCAACAUGAGGUAACCGCUAACAUGGUCAGUUACCGCAGCAGAGAUAGAUACUGUGUCAACAUGAGGUAACCGCUGACAUGGUCAGUUACCGCAGCAGAGAUAGAUACUGUGUCAACAUGAGGUAACCGCUGACAUGGUCAGUUACCGCAGCAGAGAUAAAUACUGUGUCAACAUGAGGUAACCGCUGACAUGGUCAGUUACCACAGCAGAGAUAGAUACUGUGUCAACAUGAGGUAACCGCUGACAUGGUCAGUUACCGCAGCAGAGAUAGAUACUGUGUCAACAUGAGGUAACCGCUAACAUGGUCAGUUACCGCAGCAGAGAUAGAUACUGUGUCAACAUGAGGUAACCGCUGACAUGGUCAGUUACCGCAGCAGAGAUAGAUACUGUGUCAACAUGAGGUAACCGCUAACAUGGUCAGUUACCGCAGCAGAGAUAGAUACUGUGUCAACAUGAGGUAACCGCUGACAUGGUUAGUUACCGCAGCAGAGAUAGAUACUGUGUCAACAUGAGGUAACCGCUGACAUGGUCAGUUACCGCAGCAGAGAUAGAUACUGUGUCAACAUGAGGUAACCGCUAACAUGGUCAGUUACCACAGCAGAGAUAGAUACUGUGUCAACAUGAGGUAACCGCUGACAUGGUCAGUUACCGCAGCAGAGAUAGAUACUGUGUCAACAUGAGGUAACCGCUGACAUGGUCAGUUACCGCAGCAGAGAUAGAUACUGUGUCAACAUGAGGUAACCGCUGACAUGGUCAGUUACCGCAGCAGAGAAAAAUACUGUGUCAACAUGAGAAAGCAGUAGAAUUAUCUUGUGGGUAGAGUUGAGAAAUUCUGGAAACUUUUCAAAAAUUCCCAGGUUACUGGUGUAAAGCUACUCACUGUGUUGGUGUUUAAUUGUUAAAUAUAUUAAUGCAGCCAGCCAUUGAGCCAUAUCUCUAAGAGAGAAAAAAGUAUCUUAAUUCCAAGUUUUCAAGGUUCAAAACACAAAGCGUUAAGAGGUCUGGUCAUUUUGGCUUUUCCAAAACCAUUUCUCAAGUACUGUGUGUGUCUGUGUGUGUGUACAGAGACAAAGCCCCAGGCCAGAGGGAGUGUGACGAGGCCAUCGAGGUGCUCAACAACUGUAUUCGGGAGGUGGACCAGGCCUCCCUGGCAGCCAUCAGCCAGCAGCUCACCCCAAGAGAGGACAUCUCCCAGGAGGUGUGUUUUUCUGUCUGUGUCUUGUCUGUCUGUGUGUGUCUGUCUAAUGUUUCCUGUGAAGUGUGUGUGUGUACACUCCCAUAAAACCAAGAGCAUAUAGAUAUGUACAUGGCUAUACCCUACUCUACCCUACCCUACCCUACCCUACCCUACCCUACCCUACCCUACCAUACCCUACCAUACCCUACCCUACCCUACCAUACCCUACCAUACACCACCUACCAUAACCCACCACUACCCACCUACCAUACCCACCUCCAGACCUACCCUACCCUACCCCUACCACUAACCUACCCUACCCACCCUACCACCAACCUACCUACCCUACCACCUACCCUACCACCCUACCCGACCAGACCCUACCCUACCGACCACCACCAACCCGACCAUACCAACCCGACCUCCCACCCAUCACCUACGCUACCACUAACCCGACCACACACCCUACCCCCGACCUACCCCCAUACCGAACCUACCACCACACCAUCACCCUACCAUACCCGACCUACCAACCUCGACUGACCCUACCAACCAUACCCCACCUAGCCAUACCCGACCUACCCUACCCAUACCCAACCUACCUCUACCCUACCUACCUACCUACCCAUACCAUACCCCUACCCUACCACCUACCCUACCAUACCUCCCUACCUACCCUACCCUACCUACCCUACCUACCCUACUACCCUACCCUAAACUACCAUACCAUACCUAUACUUCCUUCUCUAUAUGCCUACAAACCUAAUAUUCACCUACCUAACCCAUACCCUCCCACCCUACCUACUCCUACCCCCUCUCCAUACCAUAAAUGUAGCUUUUCCUGUUCAUCUAUUUGUUUGUGUAUUUGCUUCUAAAACCAAUUUUGGGAAAAAAUGGUGUAAAAAUGUCAUUAGAUAAGAACUGUAAUGUGUUGUCAUUGGGAUGUGCUGUUGUCAUUACCAUGGUGUGUGUGUGUGUCAUUACCAUGGUGUGUGUGUGUGUGUGUGUGUGUGUGUCAUUACCAUGGUGUUGUGUGUGUGUGUGUGUCAUUACCAUGGUGUGUGUGUGGUGUGGUGUGUGUCAUUACCAUGGGUGUGUGUGUGUGUGGUGGUGUGGUGUGUGUGUGUGUCAUUACCAUGGUGUGUGUUUGUGUGUGUGUGUGUGUCAUUACCAUGGUGUGUGUUUGUGUGUGUGUGUGUGUGUGUGUGUGUGUGUGUCAUUACCAUGGUGUGUGUGUGUGUCAUUACCAUGGUGUGUGUGUGUGUGUGUGUGUGUCAUUACCAUGGUGUUUGUGUGUGUCUCAGGCUCUGCAUGAGCAGCUUGCAGCUUCGGUCCAGGAGAUCAGCAAUCUGAUAGAGCCGGUGGCCAUCGCAGCCCGUUCUGAGGCCUCCCAUCUGGGACACAAGGUAAGAGACCCCUCCCCCCCCCCUCUUGGCCUAUUCACAUUAUCCACAUCUGUCUGGCUUUAUACCUUACAGUCUAAUUCAGGCAAUUACAGAUUUACUAUCCAAACAUACUAAGCUUUUUUGUCUCAUGCUAAGCUUUUUUUCUAUCAUAAAAAGCCUUCAAAGGUUGUAUUUAUACCGUCAUAUCCAGUGAAUUUGUAUCUACUUUACUUUGGUUCAAAGGCUUGGUGCAGCUGGCUGGAGUCUGACAAAAACAUACAGCAAUGUGAUAAAAUAGAACAUAUCCCAACAACAAUUGGUCCUUGUCCAGGAAUACAAAGUACACACUCCCUGUCUGAUUUCUCUCGCUCUUUCUUUCUCUCUCUCUCUCUCUCCCCCUCCCCCUCUCUCCCUCUCUCUCCCUCUCUCCCCCUCUCUCCCCCUCUCUCUCUCUCUCCCCCUCUCUCUCCCCCUCUCUCUCCCUCUCUCCCCCUCUCUCUCCCCCUCCCCCCUCUCUCUCUCUCUCUCCCCCUCCCCCUCUCUCUCCCCCUCUCUCUCCCCCUCUCUCUCCCCCUCUCUCCCUCUCUCCCCCUCCCCCUCUCUCUCCGUCCUCCUCAGGUGUCUCAGAUGGUGAGCUACUUCGAGCCCCUCAUCAUGGCGGCCAUCGGCACGGCCAGUAAGAUUCAGAGCAGCCAACAGCAGAUGGCGGUGCUGGACCAGACCAAGACGCUGACAGAGUCAGCUCUACAGAUGCUCUACACGGCCAAGGAGGCUGGAGGAAACCCCAAGGUCUGUUUUAUCACUAUGUUGUACUCUACUAUACUAUAUACCAUACUAUACUGUACGAGUCAGCCCUACAGAUGCUCUACACGGCCAAGGAGGCUGGAGGAAACCCCAAGGUCUGUUUUAUCACUAUGUUGUACUCUACUAUACUAUAUACCAUACUAUACUGUACGAGUCAGCUCUACACGGCCAAGGGGGCCGGAGGAAACCCCAAGGUCUGUUUUAUCACACUCAUGGAAAAAUCAUCUAUUCCAGCUUUCAUGUAUUUGAAAGUAUUUGACAUUAUGUAUUGUGUGGUCCUCUGUAGCUCAGUUGGUAGAGCAUGGCGCUUGCAACGGCAGGAUAGUGGGUUCGAUUCCUGGGACCACCCGUACGUAAAAAAAAAUAUGUAUGCACGCAUGACUGUAAGUCGCUUUGGAUAAAAGCGUCUUCUAAAUGACAUAUCAUAUACAUUUAACUCAGGUCUGAUCAGGGACAGCAGAGCAGCAUCCAUAUCAUCGGUGUUAAUGGCAGUAUUAUGGUUUAUAAUGCAGUGACAUAGCUAGGUACUGUGUAGGUCUAUUCCUAAUGCAGUGACAUAGCUAGGUACUGUCUAGGUCUAUUCCUAAUGCAGUGACAUAGCUAGGUACUGUGUUGGUCUAUUCCUAAUGAAAUGACAUAGCUAGGUACUGUGUAGGUAUAUUCCUAAUGCAGUGACAUAGCUAGGUACUGUCUAGGUCUAUUCCUAAUGCAGUGACAUAGCUAGGUACUGUGUAGGUCUAUUCCUAAUGCAGUGACAUAGCUAGGUACUGUCUAGGCCUAUUCCUAAUGCAGUGACAUAGCUAGGUACUGUCUAGGUCUAUUCCUAAUGCAGUGACAUAGCUAGGUACUGUCUAGGUCUAUUCCUAAUGCAGUGACAUAGCUAGGUACUGUCUAGGUCUAUUCCUAAUGCAGUGACAUAGCUAGGUACUGUCUAGGUCUAUUCCUAAUGCAGUGACAUAGCUAGGUACUGUCUAGGUCUAUUCCUAAUGCAGUGACAUAGCUAGGUACUGUCUUGGUCUAUUCCUAAUGCAGUGACUUAAAUAGGUACUGUCUAGGUCUAUUCCUAAUGUGGUGACAUAGCUAGGUACUGUCUUGGUCUAUUCCUAAUGCAGUGACAUAGCUAGGUACUGUCUAGGUCUAUUCCUAAUGCAGUGACAUAGCUAGGUACUGUCUAGGUCUAUUCCUAAUGCAGUGACAUAGCUAGGUACUGUCUAGGUCUAUUCCUAAUGCAGUGACAUAGCUAGGUACUGUGUAGGUAUAUUCCUAAUGCAGUGACAUAGCUAGGUACUGUGUAGGUAUAUUCCUAAUGCAGUGACAUAGCUAGGUACUGUCUAGGUCUAUUCCUAAUGCAGUGACAUAGCUAGGUACUGUCUAGGUCUAUUCCUAAUGCAGUGACAUAGCUAGGUACUGUCUAGGUAUAUUCCUAAUGCAGUGACAUAGCUAGGUACUGUCUAGGUCUAUUCCUAAUGCAGUGACAUAGCUAGGUACUGUCUAGGUCUAUUCCUAAUGCGGUGACAUAGCUAGGUACUGUCUAGGUCUAUUCCUAAUGCAGUGACAUAGCUAGGUACUGUCUAGGUCUAUUCCUAAUGCAGUGACAUAGCUAGGUACUGUCUAGGUCUAUUCCUAAUGCAGUGACAUAGCUAGGUACUGUCUAGGUCUAUUCCUAAUGCAGUGACAUAGCUAGGUACUGUCUAGGUCUAUUCCUAAUGCGGUGACAUAGCUAGGUACUGUCUAGGUCUAUUCCUAAUGCGGUGACAUAGCUAGGUACUGUCUAGGUCUAUUCCUAAUGCAGUGACAUAGCUAGGUACUGUGUAGGUCUAUUCCUAAUGCAGUGACAUAGCUAGGUACUGUCUAGGUCUAUUCCUAAUGCAGUGACAUAGCUAGGUACUGUCUAGGUCUAUUCCUAAUGCGGUGACAUAGCUAGGUACUGUCUAAGUCUAUUCCUAAUGCAGUGACAUAGCUAGGUACUGUCUAGGUCUAUUCCUAAUGCGGUGACAUAGCUAGGUACUGUCUAAGUCUAUUCCUAAUGCAGUGACAUAGCUAGGUACUGUCUAGGUCUAUUCCUAAUGCAGUGACAUAGCUAGGUACUGUCUAGGUCUAUUCCUAAUGCAGUGACAUAGCUAGGUACUGUCUAGGCCUAUUCCUAAUGCAGUGACAUAGCUAGGUACUGUCUAGGUCUAUUCCUAAUGCAGUGACAUAGCUAGGUACUGUCUAGGUCUAUUCCUAAUGCGGUGACAUAGCUAGGUACUGUCUAGGUCUAUUCCUAAUGCGGUGACAUAGCUAGGUACUGUCUAGGCCUAUUCCUAAUGCAGUGACAUAGCUAGGUACUGUCUAGGUCUAUUCCUAAUGCAGUGACAUAGCUAGGUACUGUCUAGGUCUAUUCCUAAUGCGGUGACAUAGCUAGGUACUGUCUAGGUCUAUUCCUAAUGCGGUGACAUAGCUAGGUACUGUCUAGGCCUGAGUAACAGCCAAUAUAAAUAUAUCUGCCAGAGGCCCAGCUAUGGUUUGAUGUGUACGACAUCCCACUGAUCAUGUCUGCCUCUGUCUCUCUGUCAUUCCACUGAUCAUGUCGGUCUCUCUGUCUGUCCACUGAUCAUGUCUGCCUCUGUCUCUCUGUCUGUACACUGAUUAUGUCUCUCUACUGAUCAUGUCUGCCUCUGUCUCUCUGUCAUUCCACUGAUCAUGUCUGCCUCUGUCUCUGUCUGUCCACUGAUCAUGUCUGCCUCUCUCUGUCAUUCCACUGAUCAUGUCUGCCUCUGUCUCUGUCUGUCCACUGAUCAUGUCUGCCUCUGUCUCUCUGUCUGUCCACUGAUCAUGUCUGCCUCUCUCUGUCAUUCCACUGGUCAUGUCUGCCUCUGUCUCUCUGUCUGUACACUGAUUAUGUCUCUCUACUGAUCAUGUCUGCCUCUGUCUCUCUGUCAUUCCACUGAUCAUGUCUGCCUCUGUCUCUCUGUCAGUCCACUGAACAUGUCUGCCUCUGACUCUGUCAUUCCACUGAACAUGUCUGCCUCUGUCUCUCUGUCAUUCCACUGGUCAUGUCUGCCUCUCUCUCUGUCAUCCCACUGAUCAUGUCUGCCUCUGUCUCUCUGUCUGUCCACUGAUCAUGUCUGCCUCUCUCUGUCAUUCCACUGGUCAUGUCUGCCUCUGUCUCUCUGUCUGUACACUGAUUAUGUCUCUCUACUGAUCAUGUCUGCCUCUGUCUCUCUGUCAUUCCACUGAUCAUGUCUGCCUCUGUCUCUCUGUCAGUCCACUGAACAUGUCUGCCUCUGACUCUGUCAUUCCACUGAACAUGUCUGCCUCUGUCUCUCUGUCAUUCCACUGGUCAUGUCUGCCUCUGUCUCUCUGUCAUCCCACUGAUCAUGUCUGCCUCUGUCUCUCUGUCAGUCCACUGAACAUGUCUGCCUCUGACUCUGUCAUUCCACUGAACAUGUCUGCCUCUGUCUCUCUGUCAUCCCACUGAUCAUGUCGGUCUCUCUGUCUGUCCACUGAUCAUGUCUGCCUCUCUCUGUCAUCCCACUGAUCAUGUCGGUCUCUCUGUCUGUCCACUGAUCAUGUCUGCCUCUCUCUGUCAUCCCACUGAUCAUGUCGGUCUCUCUGUCUGUCCACUGAUCAUGUCUGCCUCUGUCUCUCUGUCUGUCCAGGUGGCCCACACACAGGAUGCCCUGGAAGAGUCUGUCCAGAUGAUGAAGGAGGCGGUGGAUGACUUGGGCGCCACCCUGUCGGAGACGGCCAGCGCUGCGGGUGCCCUGGGCGGCAUGGUGGACUCCAUCACCGCCGCCAUCAACAAGAUGGAGGAGGGCCCCGCCGGCGAGCCUGAGGGCUCCUUUGUGGAUUACCAGACCACCAUGGUGAAGACGGCCAAAGCCAUCGCAGUCACCGUGCAGGAGAUGGUGAGGAAGGGUUGGAGGGGGGUUGGGAGUUUGCAUGUGGGUGAGUAGUUGGUUGGGGGAGGGAGUUGUGAGUUUGUAUGUGUAUUGUAUUUGGUUAGGGGGGGUUGUGAGUUUGUAUGUGGGUGAGUAGUUGGUUGGGGGGUUGUGAGUUUGUAUGUGGGUGAGUAGUUGGUUGGGGGGUUUGUGCGUAUUUGUAGGUGGGGUGAGUAGUUUGGUUGUGGGGGUUGUGAGUUAUUAUGUGGGUAAGUAGUUGGUUGGGGGGGGGGGGGUAGGUGAGUUUGUAUGUGGGUUAACCGUAGUUGGGUUGGGGGGUUGGGAGUUUUGUUAUGUGGGUGCGUCUUUGGUUGUGGGGGGGGGGUUGUGCGUUUUGUCCUGUGUGGGUCAAGUAGUUUGGUUGGGGGGGUUGUGAGUUUGUAUGUGGGUCAGUAGUUGGGUUGGGGGGGUUGUGCGUUUGUCUGUUGGUCCGUAACGUAGUGGGUUGGGGGGGUUGUGCGUUUGUCGGUGGGUAACGGGAAGUGUGGUUGGGGGGGUUGUGCGUUUGGUCUGUGGGUCAAGUAGUUGGUUGGGGGGGUUGUGCGUUUGUCUGUGGGUGAGUAGUUGGUUGUGGGGGGGUAGUGAGUUUGUAUGUGGGUGAGUAGUUGGUUGUGGGGGGGUAGUGAGUUUGUAUGUGGGUAAGUAGUUGGUUGUGGGGGGGGUUGUGAGUUUGUAUGUGGGUGAGUAGUUGGUUGUGGGGGGUUGUGAGUUUGUAUGUGGGUGAGUAGUUGGUUGGGGGGGGUUGUGAGUUUGUAUGUGGGUAAGUAGUUGGUUAUGGGGGGUUGUGAGUUUUUGUGUAGAACUGCGGGGGCUAUAUGAUUUGGUUUCAGUAUUUGGAUGUUAUCAAACCAUGAAUGACAUACGCUUCCUGUGAAAUGAUAGUUGUGUAAUGGUUAUAUUUCUGUUAGAGAAAUCUUGUUUUUCAUACAUAACAUUAUCUUCCCCCGGGGGUAUAAUGAAAGAUCAUUAGACAAAAUGCUUUGUCUUGUUUUCAGGUGACUAAGUCCAACACCAACCCAGAUGACCUGGGAGGUCUGGCCAGCGAGCUAACUAAUGAGUUUGGAGAGCUGGCCACCGAGGCCAAAUACGCUGCCAUCACUGCAGAGAACGACGAGGUAUCUGAUGACAAUGAAUAUGUAUUAUAUUAACAUGAUAUAUUCAUGUGACUACUAUAAUAUUAUGAAUACAUGAUAUGUUUUAACCAACUAUAAUCUAUGAAUACAUUAUAGGUUUUAACCAACUAUAAAGUAGAAAUUAAUACAUAUUCACAAUGCCAGUAUGAUAAUGCAUUGAAAUAAAUCAGUUUUAUUAGCAUGAUAAUUCUCCUCCCAAUCCUUUGGUUGGGUAAACAGAAAUACUACAGAGAGAUUCAAUACCAUAGAGAUCCUAUAAUUAACUUUGUGUGGCAUUCUAUAUGUAAUUCUACGUACAAAUACAAGAGCACUGCUUUUGCUGAUGGCUGCUUUAUUGAGGAAAGUUUUUCGCUUGUAGUGACUGUGUGAUAUGUGGUUGUCUCGCCUACCUUAGUUAAAAAUACACUGACUGUCAGUUGCUCUGGAUAAGAGGGUAUAGCUUAAUGACCAAAAUGUACAAAAAAGUACAAUACUGAAUGAUAUUGCAAUGAAAAAGAGCAAUUCUAAAGAGUCCCAACUCUGUCCUUGUCCAGAUUGGUUCCCACAUCAAGAAGCAGGUUGGGGAACUAGGCUUCAACUGCACUGGGCUGGUGACUAAGGCCGGAGCGCUGCAGUGUAGCCCCAACGACUCCUUCACCAAGAAGGAGCUGAUCGAGAGCGCACGCAAGGUCUCCGAGAAGGUGAGACAAAAUGACCCUUUCUGUAUUUCUUCCGACCUACAUGUAGGUAGCUGCUUUUUUUUCCUCUGUUUGUUAUUUAGGCCUACUGUGUUUUGAUGUUUUAUAAACCCCUCCAGACAAGAUUUUCCCUCACAGGAACAAUAAAGUUAUUUGAGGUAACAUAGGAGAGAUCGUUGUAGCCCCUGAGAACCCAAAGGAAAGCCUUGGUAUCUGUCUGUUUUGAUUGUUGAUGCCUUCAACAAUGCUACAUUGUGACCUUGCCAGGACAAAGUUGGAAAUAGACUGUUUCCCGGGUUUAAGAACACCCGGAGUGGAAUUUAAAUGUCUGUUUUGUCUGGAUCUUAAUAAAUCACAGUUGGAGCGUGUCAGAGUUGGAGACAUUCAAUCUUGGUUGAUGCAACAUUAUGAUGUAACCAUAUAUUCAUAACAUUGCCUCUCUUCUCUCCGUCAGGUGUCUCACGUGCUGGCGGCCCUUCAGGCUGGUAACCGUGGCACCCAGGCCUGCAUCACAGCGGCCAGUGCCGUGUCGGGCAUCAUCGCCGACCUGGACACCACCAUCAUGUUCGCCACCGCCGGCACGCUCAACCGUGAGAACUCUGAAACCUUCGCCGACCACAGGUACUGUCCGGUAGCCUGGUAUAAUAUUUUAUGCUGUGGUUGUUAACUAUGGUAGCCUGGUAUAAUAUUUUAUGCUGGGGUUGUUAACUAUGGUAGCCUGGUAUAAUAUUUAAUGCUGGGGUUAUUAACUAUGGUAGCCGGGUAUAAUAUUUUAUGCUGGGGUUAUUAACUAUGGUAGCCGGGUAUAAUAUUUUAUGCUGGGGUUAUUAACUAUGGUAGCCUGGUAUAAUAUUUUAUGCUGGGGUUGUUAACUAUGGUAGCCUGGUAUAAUAUUUAAUGCUGGGGUUAUUAACUAUGGUAGCCUGGUAUAAUAUUUAAUGCUGGGGUUAUUAACUAUGGUAGCCGGGUAUAAUAUUUUAUGCUGGGGUUAUUAACUAUGGUAGCCUGGUAUAAUAUUUUAUGCUGGGGUUAUUAACUAUGGUAGCCGGGUAUAAUAUUUAAUGCUGGGGUUAUUAACUGUGGGGCUUGGGAGGGUAAAAGGGGGUUAAUCGUCAUUUUAAAAGGUCUGUCUUUUCAUUUAUAUGUGUGAAUAUACAGAGUAGAAUGUAGAUACUUAUUUUAUACAAUAUUUUAUUGAACUUUCUUUAUUUUUGUCUGUUAUUUGCAUACUCACCCAUAGAACACAUUUCUUCAUUAUCCAGAACACAAUAUUAACUAUUCUACACUAGGGCCGGGACAGUACCAGCAUCGCAAUAUUUUUUCCAUGGCACAAAUGAGAACACGAAGCAGAUCCAACUCUUUGGUCUUUAACCUGCUGUAUGUAAAGUAUUGUUUGCUUUGACUCUGCAUGACAAGAUAAUGAUGUUUGUUUCCAACAUUAGGGCUGUUUUCCUAAAGAAGUUAAAUCUGCUUCGUGUUUUGUUUCCUUGCCACGAUACUAACGAGUGUGGCGAUACUGGUAUCGUCCCAGUCCUAUCAUGCACAUCACUGCACAUAAACAGCUAUAAACAGUGGUUGGUAUUACAUAAACAGCUAUAAACAGUGGUUGGUAUUACAUAAACAGCUAUAAACAGUGGUUGGUAUUACAUAAACAGCUAUAAACAGUGGUUGGUAUUACAUAAACAGCUAUAAACAGUGGUUGGUAUUACAUAAACAGCUAUAAACAGUGGUUGGUAUUACAUAAACAGCUAUAAACAGUGAUUGGUAUUACAUAAACAGCUAUAAACAGUGAUUGGUAUUACAUAAACAGCUAUAAACAGUGUUGGUAUUACAUAAACAGCUAUAAACAGUGGAUUGGUAUUACAUAAACAGCUAUAAACAGUGGAUUGGUAUUACAUAAACAGCUAUAAACAGUGAUUGGUAUUACAUAAACAGCUAUAAACAGUGAUUGGUAUUACAUAAACAGCUAUAAACAGUGAUUGGUAUUACAUAAACAGCUAUAAACAGUGAUUGGUAUUACAUAAACAGCUAUAAACAGUGAUUGUAUUACAUAAACAGCUAUAAACAGUGAUUGGUAUUACAUAAACAGCUAUAACAUGUGAUAUUACAUAAACAGCUAUAAACAGUGUUGAUAUUACAUAAACAGCUAUAAAAGUGAUUGGUAUUACAUAAACAGCUAUAAACAGUGAUUGGUAUUACAUAAACAGCUAUAAACAGUGAUUGGUAUUACAUAAACAGCUAUAAACAGUGAUUGGUAUUACAUAAACAGCUAUAAACAGUGAUUGGUAUUACAUAAACAGCUAUAAACAGUGAUUGGUAUUACAUAAACAGCUAUAAACAGUGAUUGGUAUUACAUAAACAGCUAUAAACAGUGAUUGGUAUUACAUAAACAGCUAUAAACAGUGAUUGUAUUACAUAAACAGCUAUAAACAUGUGAUUGGUAUUACAUAAACAGCUAUAAACAGUGAUUGGUAUACAUAAACAGCUAUAAACAGUGAUUGGUUGGUAUUACAUAAACAGCUAUAAACAGUGAUUGGUUGAUACAUAAACAGCUAUAAACAGUGUUGGUGUAUUACAUAAACAGCUAUAAACAGUGAUUGUUGGUAUUACAUAAACAGCUAUAAACAGAUGGUUGGUAUUACAUAAACAGCUAUAAACAGUGGUUGGUAUUACAUAAACAGCUAUAAACAGUGUGUUGGUAUUACAUAAACAGCUAUAAACAGUGAUUGGUUGGUAUUACAUAAACAGCUAUAAACAGUGAGUUGGUAUUACAUAAACAGCUAUAAACAGUGGUUGGUAUUACAUAAACAGCUAUAAACAGUGGUUGGUAUUACAUAAACAGCUAUAAACAGUGAUUGGUAUUACAUAAACAGCUAUAAACAGUGGUUGGUAUUACAUAAAUAACUGUGAAUACAUAUGUAUUAAUGGUGUGUCCCAUGGUGCCCCUCCCAGAGAGCACAUCCUAAAGACAGCCAAGGCGCUUGUGGAGGACACCAAGCUGCUGGUGUCUGGUGCCGGGGCCAGCCAGGAGAGACUUGCCCAGGCUGCACAGUCCUCCGUCACCACCAUCACCAAACUGUCCGACGUGGUAAAACUGGGCGCUGCCAGCCUGGGCCGAGGACCCCGAGACACAGGUACGACUGUUAGAAGCAUGGUCCCCAUGUUGUUCCCAUCCAAAAAUAACUGACAUUUUUAUUCAGGGGUGCUAGUAAUAUCUCUAGUUAAUGUUAUUCAAUAAAAAAAGGAGACUCUCACAUACAUUGGAGUUUAACAUUUGAUUCAAAAGAAGGCAUUUUCCUACACUACGCUUGCUUUGAAAACUUGUGCUUUUCCAUUUCAAAAGCCAAUAUCUGGGUCUAUCGACUUUUGUCAAAGCAGAAAUAUGAGUAGUAGUAAUAAUAGGCUAGUUCUAUAGUAGUAGUAAGUAGUAGUAGUAGUAGUAGUACUAGUAGCAGUACUAGUAGCAGUACUAGUAGUACUAGUAGUUGUAGCAGCAGUAGUAGUAGUACUAGUAGUAGUAGUAGUGGUAGUGGUAGUAGUAGCAGCAAUAGUAGUAGUAGUAGUAGUUUUAUAAUAGGAGUUGUUUUGUAGUAGCAGUAGUUAGUAGUAGUUAGUUGUUUUAUUGUAGUAGUAUUAUUAUAGUAGUAGUAGUAGUAGUAGUAGUAGUAGUAGUCGUUUUGUAGUAGUACUAGUAGUAGUAGUUGUAGCAGCAGUAGUACUAGUAGUAGCAGCAGUAGUACUAGUAGCAGCAGUAGUAGUAGUAGGAGUUGUUUUGUAGGAGUUAGUAGUAGUUAGUUGUUUUAUUGUAGUAGUAUUAUUAUUAUAGUAGUAGUAGUAGCAGCAAUAGUAGUAGUAGUAGUAGUAGUUUUAUAAUAGGAGUUGUUUUGUAGUAGCAGUAGUUAGUAGUAGUUGUUUUGUAGUAGUAGUAGUAGUAGUAGUAGUAGUAGUACUAGUAGCAGCAGUAUUAGUAGUAACAGUAGUAGUACUAGUAGCAGCAGUAGUAGUAGUAGUAGUAGUAGUAGUAGUAGUUUUAUAAUAGGAGUUGUUUUGUAGUAGUAGUUAGUUGUUUUAUUAUAGUAGUAUUAUAGUUGUAGUAGUAAGACCUUGAAAUGUUUCUUAUACUAGUGUUUAAUCGAGUGCUCUCUCUCUCUCUCUGCUCGCUUUCCUCUCUUCACUUGGAAAGGCUGUUUUGUCUUCCCACAGGACAGAUCUCUGUACAGAUGUGGAGACUCCCUUUUCCUUUUGUCUGAAUAUGAACUGACUGAAAAUGUAUUUUGUCUGUGCUCUUUGGAGUGCCCAUCUGUUAAAGUGUAUACACUACCGCAGACUAUAAAGACAUCAGUCUGUGGUUGUGGUUAGGAUGAAGAAAGAUGCACUGGGUGACCCAAUGAGGUCCAUUCAUUCUGUUGUCCAACUUCGGUCCUGGAGAGCUACUGGGUCUUCAGUCUUUUAUUCCACCUGGGCCCGCAUCCACAAAGCAUCUUAGAGGAAGAGUGCUGAUCUAGAAUGUGUCCAUAUAAUCUUAUUCAUUAUGAGGCAAAACUGAUCCUAGAUCAGUGGUCUUACUCUGAGAGACUUUUGCCAAGAUUUAAAUAAUAAACCAAUCAUGAUCUUCAGGGCUGUAUUAAAAGCCUACAGACACAGUAGAUCUUCAUGACCAGAGUUAGAAAAGCCCUGUUUUAGUGCUUUUGCUGUUUGAAGCUACAGGAGGAGCCAAGUGUGGCAAGAUGUCUUGUCGUGUCUUGAUAAUACUACUCUCCAUGCCCCACCCUUCAAUAGCUACAUUUGCCACCACAUGCCUCAAACCUGCAACAGACGUAUUGACUGUUUAACUGGGGUGGGCGUUCAUUCUUCAGAUAAUGUAAUGAAGGGUUCUCUUCUGAAUUGCUGAUCAUGGUUUCUUGCCUAAGCACAAAAAGCCUUAAGAAACCACCAUUGUGCGUUGUUGCCAAAAGCAUCAGCAUUUACAAGCUUCCUGUUUACAAAGUCGGCUAGUCCUGCAUUAUGCAGACAAAAACCAAAGGCCUUUGUGCAGUCUUUAUUCAUUCUGAUGAUUUUCAAGGUUGUGUUCUCAUCUCUCAUACUUAUGGCAUACGGUUGAUUUGAAAUGUUUUUAAAUGUUUUUAAAGUUGAUUUGCUGUCAGGCUCUGACUAACUAGCCAUCCUCACUUUGUACAGCUUCGAUUGGGUUUGAUUGUCUCAUAUUCGAUGGAUUGGAUUUGGCUCAUUGAUUGGUCCAUUUUCCGAUCUGUCAAAUGGUGUUCCAUUUUCUUCCAGCUGCUGCUCUCCACUCUGCUUGUCUCCUCCCUAACCAUCCAAUUGAUAAUCAUGCCCCACAAUGCAUUUGUGAAUGCGCUAAUUUGAACAACAGGCUGCUUUUGUUCAACCUGCUUAUUCUCAGUAAUUACUGCUUUGUCUGUAGUAGUUUUGAUAUACAAUGUCAGUUGAAAUCUAAGAAGAAUGAGUCUACUGAGUUAUUUCUUCCAUUUGGUGUGAGACAAUACAUUGUCUAGUCUAGUGGUCCUACCUUUAUCAUGACUAUAGUAAUCCAAAUCUAACUGUUUUUAUCUGCUGUCUCACCAAGUCUGUUAUUGGUAUGAAUAGACACUGUUAUUGGUAUAAUUAGAUAUUAUUGGUAUGAAUAGACCCUGUUAUUGGUAUAAUUAGACACUGUUAUUGGUAUGAUUAGACCCUGUUAUUGGUAUAGUUAGAUAUUAUUGGUAUGAAUAGACACUGCUAUUGGUAUGAAUAGACAGUAAGAUUUUUAGUCAGAUUUUCUAUUACCUGUGAAUCUCUUACCAUCCCAUUCCAUCACUCUUCACGAGGACAUUCCCUCUUCUGUGGUUAGUCCUUCUCUGCUUGUCUGUGUUGAAGUCUAGGGCUCACUCUGUGUGUGUGUGUGUCUGUGUGUGUGUUUGUUACCAGCCAGUAGAUGUCAUUGUAUUAAACCUCCAGGCACUUGUUUUCUUCUCUGGUGGGCCCUCUAUAGGUGGUGCUGAUCAACGCGGUCAAAGACGUUGCCAAGGCGCUGAGUGACCUCAUCAGUGCCACCAAGGCUGCUGCAGGCAAGCCUCACGACGACCCUUCCAUGCUGCAACUGAAGAACUCUGCCAAGGUAAAAUAGUCCCCUUCUGAGCCUGAGGUUGGUCCAGUGGUUAAGGCCGCUGCCCUCGGCACAUGUGCCAUCCCUUGCCUGCGUUGGAUCGAAUCCCGACCCCACCUGUCUUCACAGUAUCUUCCAUCGAUCUGUCUCGCCUUCAUUUCUGUCUAUCUCUUUCAAUAAAACUGGAAAAAUACUUUUAAAUGUAUUUCUGAAAUAGUCCCCAGUUUCUCUGUAGCUCUGGACUACUGAUAAGGCUGUGAUGUCACUAACAUGUAUUGGGUCUCUAACACCAGUCUCCCCCUUAUAUACAGUAAACAAUGUAAAUGAAUCGCACAUAUAUCCAACAUAUAACAAUUUCAAAGGUUUUACUGAGUUACAGUUCAUAUAAGGAAAUCAGUCAAUUGAAAUAAAUUCAUUAGGCCCUAAUCUAUGUAUUUCACAUGAUUGGGCAGGGGCCUAUCUACUUGGGAGCCAGGCCCAGCCAAUCAGAAUGACAAGAGGGCUUUAUUACAGACAUAAAUACUCUUCAGCACCCCCCCACCCCCCCUCAGACGAUCCCACAGGUGAAGAAGCCGGAUGUGGAGGUCCUGGGCUGGCGUGGUUACACGUGGUCUGCGGUUGUGAGGCCAGUUGGACGUACUGCCAAAUUCUCUAAAACGACGUUGGAGGCGGCUUAUGGUAGAGAAAUGAACAUUACAUUCUCUGGCAACAACUCUGGUGGACAUUCCUGCAGUCAGCAUGCCAAUUGUACACUCCCUCAAAACUUGAGUCAUCUGUGGCAUUGUGUUGUGUGACAAAACUGCACAUUUUAGUGGCCUUUUAUUGUCCCCAGCACAAGGUGCACCUGUGUAAUGAUCAUGCUGUUUAAGCAGCUUCCUGAUAUGCCACACCUGUCAGGUGGAUGGAUUAUCUUGGCAAACGAGAAAUGCUCACUAACAGGGAUGUAAACACAUUUUAGAGAAAUCAGCUUUUUGUACAUAUGGAACAUUUCUGGGAUCUUUUAUUUCAGCUCAUGAAACAUGUGACCAACACUUUACAUGUUUACAUUUACAUUUUUGUCAUUUAGCAGACGCUCUUAUCCAGAGCGACUUACAGUUAGUGAAUACACAUUUGUUUUUGUUUUUUAGUUUUUUUUAUACUGGUCCCCCAUGGGAAACGAACCCACAACCCUGGCGUUGCAAACGCCAUGCUCUAUCAACUGAGCUACAUCCCUGCCGGCCAUUCCCUCCCCUACCCUGGACGACGCUGGGCCAAUUGUGCGCCGCCCAUGAGUCUCCCGGUCGCGGCCGGCUGCGACAGAUCCUGGAUUCGAACCAGGAUCUCUAGUGGCACAGUUAGCACUGCGAUGCAGUGCCUUAGACCACUGCGCCACUCAGGAGCUGUUGCGUUUAUAUUUUUGUUCAGUGUAGUACUUUACAUGAUGGGGGGGGGGCACGUAUCACACACACACACACAGCUGUCAGUAAAGUCUUCCUAAGGUACUUUAUAGCCAAAACACUGACCUCAACCACACACACCCCUGUACCUUCUUCAAGUCUGUGUCAGUCAUAAAUCAUCUGAUUCAGAACUGAAGUGUCUGUUGACAGCUGAGGGGGUAACUCUACACUAAUCUCCCCCUCCUCACCCCUCCUCACCCUGCUACCCCGGAAUGGGGCAUAGGGCAAGGCUAUCACACUGGGGCAGUCUGGCAGUACAUCGCCACUCACUGGGAAAAGUGUGUGUGUGUGUGGUGUAUGUGUGUGGUCUCCCUGGCAACCUUAGAACUCUCCCCUGUCCAUCCUCUCCAUUUUCUGUCCUUCUUGUUAGUGUUAUUAACGCAUGGGUUUUAUUACAGUGCUUUUAAUGAACAAGUCACUUAGUAUCCAUUUCCUCGGCUUCUAGAUCUAUAUCCUCCCAUCUCUCUCUUAACAAGUAUCUAACCUUCUCUCUCUAUCUCCACCAGUCUAUCACUUCUAUAUAUAUAUCUCUCUCCAUUUUUCUCUCUCUCCUCCUCUCUCUCUCUCUCACUCUCAUCACCAGUCUCUCUCUCUCUCCUCUCUUCCAUUUCUCUCCCAAGUCUCUUCCCUUUCUCUCCCAUGUCUCUCCCUUUCUCUUCUCUUCUCUCUCCCACGUCUCUCCUGUCUAUUCUUUCUCCCCCCCGUUUCCCCCUUUUCCCUCUUCUUCCCAGUCUUUUCCCUUUCUCUCUCUCUCUCUCCCCAGUCUCUCCCUUUCUUUUCUCUCUCUCCCCUUUUCUUCUCUUCUCUCUCUCUCUCUUCUCUUCCCCCCAAAGGUCUUCCCUUCUCCCCUCUCUCCCCCCCAGUUUCCCCCUUUUCUAUCUCUCUCUCUCUUCUCUCUCUUUCUCUCUCCUCCUAUCUUUUAAUCUUUUCCCCUUCCCUCUCUUUUAUCUCUCUUCUCUCUCCUCUCUCCUCUUCUCGCUUCCCCCCAGUCUCCCCUUUCUCUUAUCUCUCCCCCCAGUCUUCCUUUUUUUCCUCUCUUCUCUCCACAGCCCUCCCUUUCUCUCUCUCCCCAGUCUCCCCCUUUCUUUUCUCUCUCUUCCAGUCUCCUCUCGCUCCCCCAAACUUUUCUCUCUCUCCCCUCUUUUCAGUCGGUCUACCCUUCUCUUUCCCCCUUUUGUCACUUUUCAAAAACCCCCUUUUCCCCCUCCCCAUACCCCAUACCUGACUGAGUUUACACCAGUUCACUUCUCCCUACCAUACCCCCAUACCGGAUUUUGAGAAUAAAACCAGUUCCCCCCCUCCCCCCCUACCAAAAACACCAUUAUUUCCUUUUUUGAGAAUACACCAUUUCCACUUCCCCCUCCCCUUUACCCAUCCCGGGAAUGAGAAUACCCCAGUUCACUUCUCCCUACCAUACCCAUACCUGGAAUACCCCCAUUGUGGUAGAGGGGGCUCUGGUUUUUAAGGGGGAAGGGAAAAGCUCGGGUCCAUGAGUUUGAGGAAAUAACUAAGAACCGCCCCAAAAUGCCCCCCAAAUUUUUUUUCCUUUUAAAACCCCAAUUUUAAAACAAUCCCCGGAAAACUGUUUUUUAAAAAAAAAGGCCCCCCAACCUUCACUUUUUUGGGAAAUUUUAAAAACCUCUACGGGAAUUUUGUCCCCCAACCCUUUUUUUAAAAAAAGGGAAAGAAACCCCAGAAGGGAACCCCCCCCCGGGCCCCCAAACCCCGGGGGAACCAAAAACAACCCACGGAAAGCCCCCCCAAAAACCCGCUUUUUCUCACAUUUAAUAAUACCUCUACUGUAUAUAUGUCCCCCAACUCUUUUUACAUUUAAAUAAUACCUCUACUGUAUCUGUCCCCCAACUCUUUCACAUUUAAAUAAUACCUCUGCUGUAUGUCUGUCCCCCCAGGUGAUGGUGACCAACGUGACGUCACUCCUGAAGACAGUAAAGGCAGUGGAGGACGAGGCCACCAAGGGCACACGUGGACUGGAGGCCACCAUCGAACACAUCAAACAGGAACUGGCUGUGAGUGGCACUGGCACACAGGAGUAGAAUUGUUGGAAUUCCAUUCAAGUCACUGUUCUGUCAUUCUAUUUAUAUGUUGUCACACCGGAGGACAGUUGUCUUGAAGUGUCACUGACAGCAGAAGUUUCAACUCAAAAUCAAACGGCUUUCAUUUGAGGAUAGUAUCAUAGAAUAGAAUUGUGUCCAGUUUGAGAUGGGAAUGUGCCUUCUGCUUCACCUCACAAGUCAUUUAAUAUAAUCACUCAUCAUACACACGUCAUACAAUGCUGUAAUACCGUAUUCAAAAAUGAUCUGCACAUCAAAUACACAAUAGUGUAUUUAUCAUCACAGUAAGUUAUAUUGUUAAGUUGAAAAACUAUUUUGAAGAAAGACGUAACAUAUUAUAAUCCUUUAUAAUGUCAUAUUAUAACAAAUAAUAAAGGAUUAUAGCUACCAGCAGGCUAAGUAAAGUGUUACUGUUUUGUUCUCUCUCAGGUGUUCAGCAGUGGUGAUCCUCCCCCCAAGACUUCCACUCCAGAGGAUUUCAUCCGCAUGACCAAAGGCAUCACCCUGGCAACAGCCAAAGCAGUGGCUGCUGGGAACUCGUGUCGCCAGGAGGACGUCAUCGCUACGGCCAACCUGAGCAGGAGGGCCAUCGCCGACAUGCUGCACUCGUGCAAGGUCAGAAAGGGGUCGAGACGACCCUUAGAUAACCUUCAGAUAACCUUUAUCUUCUCUAGCUCCUUGGAGCUUAGUGCCUCGACAACCUUAAAGGGAUAGUUCAAGAUUUUGACAAUUAAGGCAUUUUUUUCUACUUACCCAGAGUCAGAUGUACUCAUGGAUACCAUUUGUAUAUUUCUGUGUGCAGUUUGAAGGAAGUUGAAGGUAGUUUCUGGAGUCAUUGCUAACUAUAAUUAGCGCAAUGACUGGAAGUCUACGGGACAAGCUAGCAUGCUAACUGGAAUGACGAGCUCUAAUACCUUUUGUAAUUAUCAAAAUUACAGCUAAGAAAACCCCAAUGUUAUCUAGUAGCGCACCACUCCUGCAUGUCCCAUACUAAUGUGUGUCCGUGUGGUCUCCACAGCAAGCGGCCUACCACCCAGAGGUCAGCAAGGAAGUUCAGAGCCGGGCCCUGCGCUAUGGCAACGAGUGUGCCGUGGGCUACCUGGGCCUGCUGGAGCAUGUGCUAGUGGUAAGAUUAGAUGCAUCUCUUAUUUUAAUAUUAUUUUAUUUUAUAUAAGCAGUAAGAAAUGGUCGCUGUUUGUCAGAAAGUGCAGAUUUUUUGGCAGGGGUGGUUUAAGUCAAGAUUAGCCUCCAAUUUUUUGGGGUAGGUGCUGAAAAAUUAUCUUGCCAUCGGGUCCCCCCAAAAAGUCACAUUUCUCACUCUACGGCAGAGGUCAUCAACCCUGGUCCUAGAGAGCUACCGGGUGUGUUGGAGUUGGUUCAAGCCCACUAGCACUAAACAAUCUGAAUCACUGAAUCAAGGUGUUGAUGAUUAGGUGAUUUGUUGAAUCAGGUAUGUUAGUGCUGGGCUGGAACAACAGUUUUCACACCCAGUAGAUGUCCAAGACCAGGGUUGGUGGUGACCACCACUGCUGUAAGGGUUGUGGGGACUAGGGAGGGUAUAUUCUUACAUGUGAGUACACCUCACCCCCUCCCUCACCCCCCCCCCCCACACCCCCUCCCUCACCCCCCCCCACACCCCCUCCCUCCCCACACCCAGCUCUACCAACUGAGCUACACAGGGCCAUGCAAUGUGACAGGGUAACACCCAUAGAAAUAGAAUUACUUAAAAUGGCCGCCGGUCCACCCAUCAUGAAAUGUUAACUUGAAUGGGAAUGUCCGCUCUAGUACACUAUUUCUAUGUUAACACCAAAGACAGCAUACUUUAGCUAGAGGUGGAGUCACCAAUUGAAACAGCAUAGAAGCUGAAUUAACUCCCCCUCCCCUAAAGGAAACAAUCCAGUCUUCCCCCUUGUAUAAAGCAGCUUUCCGAGGGUUCUGGAUAAGACCGGGGAUCCAUCCACAGCUUUCUUCCAGCAUGAUGUAUAGCUCCCAAAAUAACUGGGCAAAGAGUGUCAAUAUUGUCCCAAGAGGUGUUGCCAAGACACACAACCACCAAAUAUCUCCCCCCCCCUUACACACACACACACACACACAGAGAGAGAGAGAGAUUAAUUUACCACGUGAUUUAUGUCAUAUCUGUUGCCAUGGGACAUAAAAAGCCUUAUCUGUCGUUUAAAAACCAACACAUAGCCCCGCCCCCCUACUCACAAUGUCACAUAUAAUGUGAACGUCCCUUUUCCUCCUCCCCCCCCCCGUCUGAGACUGGUCUAAUUGGUGUGCGGGGAGAGCGAGGUGUUAAUCCACAGUCAUGUCCGUUAUAGAGACGGUGUGGAGCAGUCUCCCUCGUUUAAGAAGGAAGGGAGAUCGGUUAACAUGUCCGCUAGAGAUGUGGUUUCCAUGGUGACCACUAGAGCUCUUGGAUUCCACUCAGGAACUAAUCAGCAAGGGACUUCCUCAGGGUGCAGGGAUAUUGGAACUAUAUUUGGGAGCUGUUAAAUUGCUUGUUCGGUUGCAAAAAUAUAAAUCUAAAGGGACAAAUCGUAUCUGGAGAUCUGUGUGCUUACUUGGACGUUGGCUUACUCAGACUUUCACAUAAAUCAUGCAUUGAUGUCAAUGGGAGAUUUCAGAAAAUGUUAGUCACAUGCACAGAUCUCAAGAUAGAAUUCUGCCAUGAUUAAAGUUGUUUAUUACUGUAGAUAUAAAUGAAAAUGUAACCAGUGUAGCAACAAACAAUAUAAAGAUGAUAUCACAUUACGAACCAUUUCCAUGCACAAUUUCUCACCUGGUAUUUCCUUAUACUUUCUCCACCGUGAAAUUGAAUGUCCAUUUAAAAUGUAACUGAAAGGUCCUGAUGAAUUUCCUCUACACCCCCCCUCCCCAAUGUUCUGUCAAUGUUCUGUCAAUGUUCUGGGUCUCACUGUUGGCUGUGAUGAUGUAGCCGGUGAGUAUUAUUAAGGCUAUGUGAUUGACCUGCACGAGUGUGGAGCUCCAUUGACCGAGUGUCUGGGGACAUACUUACAACCCCCACCGCCCUGAGAACACUGUCCUCAGCAGAUCCUAGAUCAGAUCCACACAUCUCUCUCUCUACCUUGCUCUACAGUUGUUAAUAACAUUAUUACCUCAGAUCAACAGAUCAACACUAUAUCUCCUUACAUGGCUCUCAAGCUGGUGUUAAAGAAAAAGUUAGCUUUUUUACAACCAAAUCAAAAAGAAAAUGCGAUCUCACUUGUUUUUGAGAAACUUACCCCAACCAGCGAUUCACUUCCUCAUCCUCGUUGUCUAGUACAGGGGCUCAAAAAACAAAUGCUCAGAAAACACCCAAAUACAGUGAGGGGAAAAAGUAUUUGAUCCCCUGCUGAUUUUGUACGUUUGCCCACUGACAAAGAAAUGAGUCUAUAAUUUUAAUGGUAGGUUUAUUUGAACAGUGAGAGACAGAAUAACAACAAAAAAAUCCAGAAAAACGCAUGUCAAAAAUGUUAUAAAUUGAUUUGCAUUUUAAUGAGGGAAAUAAGUAUUUGACCCCCUCAAUCAGAAAGAUAUCUGGCUCCCAGGUGUCUUUUAUACAGGUAACGAGCUGAGAUUAGAAGCACACUCUUAAAGGGAGUGCUCCUAAUCUCAGCUUGUUACCUGUAUAAAAGACACCUGUCCACAGAAGCAAUCAAUCAAUCAGAUUCCAAACGCUCCACCAUGGCCAAGACCAAAGAGCUCUCCAAGGAUGUCAGGGACAAGAUUGUAGACCUACACAAGGCUGGAAUGGGCUACAAGACCAUCGCCAAGCAGCUUGGUGAGAAGGUGACAACAGUUGGUGCGAUUAUUCGCAAAUGGAAGAAACACAAAAUAACGGUCAAUCUCCCUCUGCCUGGGGCUCCAUGCAAGAUCUCACCUCGUGGAGUUGCAAUGAUCAUGAGAACGGUGAGGAAUCAGCCCAUAACUACACGGGAGGAUCUUGUCAAUGAUCUCAAGGCAGCUGGGACCAUAGUCACCAAGAAAACAAUUGGUAACACACUACGCCGUGAAGGACUGAAAUCCUGCAGCGCCUGCAAGGUCCCCCUGCUCAAGAAAGCACAUAUACAGGGCCGUCUGAAGUUUGCCAAUGAACAUCUGAAUGAUUCAGAGGAGAACUGGGUGAAAGUGUUGUGGUCAGAUGAGACCAAAAUCGAGCUCUUUGGCAUCAACUCAACUCGCCGUGUUUGGAGGAGGAGGAAUGCUGCCUAUGACCCCAAGAACACCAUCCCCACUGUCAAACAUGGAGGUGGAAACAUUAUGCUUUGGGGGUGAUUUUCUGCUAAGGGGACAGGACAACUUCACUGCAUCAAAGGGACGAUGGACGGGGCCAUGUACCGUCAAAUCUUGGGUGAGAACCUCCUUCCCUCAGCCAGGGCAUUGAAAAUGGGUCGUGGAUGUAUAUUCGAGCAUGACAAUGACCCAAAACACACGGCCAAGGCAACAAAGGAGUGGCUCAAGAAGUAGCACAUUAAGGUCCUGGAGUGGCCUAGCCAGUCUCCAGACCUUAAUCCCAUAGAAAAUCUGUGGAGGGAGCUGAAGGUUCGAGUUGCCAAACGUCAGCCUCGAAACCUUAAUGACGGAGAAGAUCUGCAAAGAGCAGUGGAACAAAAUCCCUCCUGAGAUGUGUGCAAACCUGGUGGCCAACUACAAGAAAUGUCUGACCUCUGUGAUUGCCAACAAGGGUUUUGCCACCAAGUACUAAGUCAUGUUUUGCAGAGGGGUCAAAUACUUAUUUCCCUCAUUUAAAAUGCAAAUCAAUUUAUAACAUUUUUUACAUGCGUUUUUCUGGAUUUUGUUGUUGUUAUUCUGUCUCUUACUGUUCAAAUAAACCUACCAUUAAAAUUAUAGACUGAUCAUGUCUUUGUCAGUGGGUAAACGUACAAAAUCAGCAGGGGAUCAAAUACUUUUUUCCCUCAUUGUACGUGUUUUUUUUAAACGGAAAACGCUCUCAGUAUAGUGAUGCGGGUCUUUAAAGUUUGUACACAUGAAAUUGUGUCAUUCCAAACAUUAUCCGCAACAUUAUAUUCCAUUUUGUGUGACUCGAGCCGUUUCCCCUAUCCAGCUGUUCCAUUCUCCAUGUAGCCCGGAAUUUAACGUUAUCAGCCAUGUAUCAACAGGAAGUGAGAAUAAUACUAAAAUGAUAUGAGAGCUACUAGAAGCGGUAGUAUCCUAAUACUAUAAGCGGUAGUAUCCUAAUACUAUAAGCGGUAGUAUCCUAAUACUAUAAGCGGUAGUAUCCUAAUACUAGAAGCGGUAGUAUCCUAAUACUAGAAGCGGUAGUAUCCUAAUACUAGAAGCGGUAGUAUCCUAAUACUAGAAGCGGUAGUAUCCUAAUACUAGAAGCGGUAGUAUCCUAAUACUAGAAGCGGUAGUAUCCUAAUACUAGAAGCGGUAGUAUCCUAAUACUAUAAAUAAUAUGUUUGAUUUUAGCAGGUUGACACAUCAAGGCACCAAGAGAAAUACAUAUGCAACACAUAUGCAACUAAUGUUAUCUUGCUGCAUGGAGAUUUGCGUUUUGUCAUAAUAUGUGUACAGGACAUAUGUACAUCAUGUGUUUGUGUCUGAGUGUUUUGGAAUUCUCUGCCUGAGUGCACAAUACACACAAUGCCCCAUCUUGUUUCAAAAGUGGAAGUUCCCUAUUCUAUUUCACCAUCAUCUUGGGGCUCAGGUCAACUAAUUAUGUGUGUGUGUGUUACUCCCCUGUGUGUAAAUGUGACUUUCCUGUGUGUGUUGCGCCCCAUGUGUAGACCUACGUACAGUAUGUAUUUGCGUGUGGCUAGCGGCCAUGCCACACAUUCCUGUGCAGCCACGCUGCUCCUGUUGUCUUUUCUUAGUAUCGCAUUUUGAUGAGCUGGAGCGCAGCAUGCCUCGGUGCAGUGGGUCCCAUCGGCACAGAGAGCACUGUUAAUGCCCGACACCUGUCAUCUGCCGGGCCCAACUGGCUAGGGCCAUCUCACUGGAGGACACUCUGAGGGCACCGACACACACAUACUGACACACUGCCUGGGGCUGGCUAGAGCCGUGUACUGUGUAUUAUGUACUGAGUUUGACUGUUUGUUUGAGGCUAGACGUCUAUAGACCAUGCCAUGUUGGCACCAAAUGUUCCAAGACUAGUCCUUUCUGGUGAGAAUACAUUGUAAUGGCUGAACUCUGAACUAGUUAACUGAACUCUAUAUCUAUGGCUGAGUCUGAAAACAUUACUAGCUGUCAAAUCUGGUUUGCUGAAUUCCUUUCAUAGCUCAUUGCAGGAGAACCGAGGGAGGUACUUUGGACCCUCUCAUCCAAUGAGCAUUGAGAGGAAUUGCGGAAACCAGUACGGGGAAAGCAAGGAUUUGAUGUCUGGUAACAUAUUCAGACACUGUGUAUGGCUCUGGGAUAACCCACCCUCUCCCACUACCACACUGCCACUACCAACUAGCAAGCUCUUCCCACAUGAUCACCCAUGCCCACAUCCAAUUGGACUAAACUGCUAAUGUGCUUUGGCAUGUGGAGGCUGAGUGGUUUAUGUUAACAUGUUUCCAAUGACUGACAAGGUGUCUUUGUAGCACCUUUAUUUAUUGCUAACUGUAAAUAGCCUGAUAUCUUUAUAUUAAAUUUAAAAGACCUUUUAAAUGUGUGAGUUCAAAAUAGUCUAAUGGUCCCAAAUGGAAGACCCAGCAGUGUUAGUAGGUACUCAAUUAGUCUUUCUAGGAUUCCUCGCAUCCUAGCUCCUCUCCCCCUUCUUAACUAUAUUAGAGGAGAAGGUCCAAUGCGUUUUGAGGAGGGGGGAUUCAAGGAAAGAUUAAUGGCAAAAGAUCCCCUGUCUUUGGCUGCAGUGUUAGUCCUACAAAGACCCUAGUAGAGAAAGAGAGACUGACUGACUGUUAUUGUCCCUCCUUUACCACAGAUCAUCCAGAAGCCCAGCCACGAGCUCAAGCAGCAAUUGGCCAACUACUCCAAACGUGUGGCCGGCUCCGUCACCGAGCUCAUCCAGGCCGCCGAGGCCAUGAAGGGUACCUUGACCUUGUAUUACUACAGAACUGCAUUCCCCACGUGUCGCUCUUCCACCUCUCCCCUCCUUAAGGCAUGCUUCAGUUCGGUUGGCGCCUAGCCCAACUCAGCUAGCCGAACUGAACUCCCUUUUUUAUUUAUUAAUUUUCACCUUUAUUUAACCAGGUAGGCCAGUUGAGAACAAGUUCUCAUUUACAACUGCGACCUGGCCAAGAUAAAGCAAAGCAGUGCGAUUAAAAACAACAACAGAGUUACAUAUGGGGUAAACAAAAACAUACAGUCAAUAACACAAUAGAAAAUCUAUAUAUACAGAGUAAAUAAAAGACCUUCACUUGAAAAACGAAAGAAAAAGCGGCAAUAUUGCUGUUUGUCCAUUUUGAGACGCCACAGCCAGUAUACACUUCCUCAAAAUAGUCUGAAUUAAUCUAAAAUACCUCAAGAAAUCUGUCAUUAAUUUUGACGUUUUUGCCAAGGAGAUCUUAGUCGUGCAAUUUUACAUCAAACUAAGAUGUUUGGUGCAGUAUUUCUCAAUGAAAAAAUGUGCAUGAAAAUGAACUCUUCCGAACUGUUCCGGCUGUGAAGCAUGCGGACGCCUUUAUCCACCAGGUGUAGAUAUUGCUUACACCAGGUGUAGAUAUUGCUUACACCAGGUGUAGAUAUUACUUACACCAGGUGUAGAUAUUGCUUACACCAGGUGUAGAUAUUACUUACACCAGGUCAUGUCAGAUUUGUUAAGCGAAAAGAAAGGAAGGGAAGCACCUCUCUGGAAUAAGACUCAGCCCAAGUCUGUCUGAGAGAGAGAGGACAGCCACCCCGCUUAACGUUGACAGACUCAUUUACACCCCCCCCCCCCCCCCCCCUCCCCCUCAGCUGCCGCCCGACGGGGCCCUUCUUCUCUUUCACACGGCAGUCUCCAGUCCCCAUCCCAGAGGUGUCAAGAACAAGCCGCGCGUCGUCCUCAAGACAGCACCAUGAGCACAUCGCCCACUGAUUUAGAGUGGAAAUACUAGAGGCCCCCCCCCGCUUACUUUACUUCGAAGAGCAAUCUUCUGCAGUCCCCGUUAGAGAUGCUUUAGCCUGAAAGGGAAUCCUCGCCGCUGGCUUGGUGAUAAUGCCACAUCUUCAUUUAACAGACGAUGAAACAGGAAUGUCUAUAUCUGCUGGGAGAUUAAUGUGGUGAGCAGAAUGUGGUAACAGGCCCACUGAAAGACUGUCCAUCAUAUCGGCAGUAUGAAUACAGUAUCAGUAUAUUCAGCCAAUCUAAAGGCACGAGUAGGAGAGAGUAUGUGGAAAGCAGUGGCGGUCAGUGACGUUUAAGAUCAGCGAGGAUUAUUUUAUUUAUUUUUUAUGACCAAGCCCUAAUUUCCGUUACAGCAUACUGGAUGACAUUCAUAUUCCAGUCACCCAGCUCAAUGUAACAUCGAUAAGUUUAGGCUACUACAUGAUACUCUAAUUUUCCCUGUACCCAUCAUGAGGUUGUUACAACCUAGCCUACGAAUGAAAGAUUAUAACGUAGGUGCACAGGUCGAGAGACGAAUUGGAGUAAUCAAGGUGACAGACAGUGACACAUUCAAUACCGCCUUGCACACUCUCGCCUGCAUCUAGCUGAUCUAGGGUGUAUUCAUUAGGACAAACUCAGGUAUGUUGAUCCCCAUUUCGUUCCGUUUGCUUCCGUUUAAGAAACGUUUUUUUCAACAGAGUCUGCUGAAUAAAUACUCCCCCGAUCACCCGCACAAACAGUUCACUAGAUUCAUUCUCUGAUACUUUGAUUGGGUGGACAACAUGUCAGUUCAUGCUGCAAGAGCUCUGAUAGGUUGGAGGACGUCCUCCGGAAGUCGUCGUAAUUAUGGAAGGGGGUGAGAACCAUAAACCUCCUAGGUUUUGUAUUGAAGUCGAUGUACCCAGAGGAGGACGGAAGCUAGCUGUCCUCCGGCUACACCAUGGUGCUACCCUACAGAGUGCUGUUGAGGCUUCUAUAGACCUUCAUUGCAAAUCAGUGUGUUUUAAUCAGUUAUUUGGUGACGUGGAUAUAUUUAUUAUAGUUUUAUCUAAAAAGGAUAACUUUUAAUUUUUCACUUUUUUCACUGGUGGAAAGGAAAUCUGUAUUCCUUUUGGAAGAGAACUAUAACAGCGUAAAUAUGGUAACCACGUAAUGUUGAAUGUGGUGCACUGGACCAAUGGACUCCCACACACUCUAUAUACCUGCAAAAUGAAUGUUUAUUACCAUUCCAUUUGAUGUACUUUACAGAAGCAUUUUCACAUAGCAUUCAAAGUAAUGUCUCACAAUGACCAUGAAUAAGAGUACUGUUGUUUAGCACUAACAUGUUGUGUGUGUGUGUGUGUGUUGUGUGUGUGUGUGUGUGUGUGUGUGUUGUGUUGUGUGGUGUGUGUGUGUGUGUGUGUGUGGUGUGUGUGUGUGUGUGUGUUGUGUGUGUGUGUGUGUUGUGUUGUGUGGUGUGUGUGUGUGUGUGUGGUGUGUGUGUGUGUGUGUUGUGUGUGUGUGUGUGUUGUGUGUGUUGUGUUGUGUGUUGUGUGUGUGUGUGUGUUGUGUGUGUGUGUGUGUGUGUGUGUGUGUGUGUGUGUGUGUGUUGUGUGUGUGUGUGUGUGUUGUGUGUGUGUGUGUUGUGUGUGUGUGUGUGUGUGUUGUGUGUGUUGUGUGUGUGUGUUGUGUUGUGUGUGUGUUGUGUGUGUGUGUUGUGUGUGUGUGUGUGUGUGUUGUGUGUGUGUGUCAACAGGAACGGAAUGGGUGGACCCCGAGGACCCCACGGUCAUCGCUGAGAACGAGCUUCUAGGAGCUGCUGCCGCCAUUGAAGCGGCCGCCAGGAAACUGGAGCUGCUAAGGCCCCGCACCAAACCCAAGGUGAGGAGGCCCCCAAGCCUCGCCCAGCCCAGCCAGCUGAGCCUCUCUGCGGGGGACACAGUCACACACUAACCCUCCCCUUAUGGAUCAGAGACCGUGUGUUGGUGCUACACUCUUUGUGCAAAGGGUUACGCAGUCUUGACCCCAAGGGUAGAGGCCUCCUGGACUUGUUAGCUGUCCGCUUUGAACCCCCCUACAGUAAUGAUCCCGCCCAUUUAAAAUACCUAGAUAUCCAUUUAGAUGUCCAUGUUUGAGUCGAGGGCUUGAGUUACAUACUGUAGUUAACAACCUCCGUCCUCAUCGGAGUAGUGUAGAGUAGAACAGGCUUAUUAACACGAGUGAGGAUGUGUACUGUGUUGUGGUUAUGGUGUGUUUCGUGACUCCAACAUAUUCUCUGUGUUUUGUAAAAAGGAAGCGGACGAGAGCCUGAACUUUGAGGAACAGAUUCUGGAGGCGGCCAAAUCGAUCGCAGCCGCCACCAGCGCUCUGGUCAAAGCUGCCUCGGCCGCCCAGAGGGAACUGGUGGCCCAAGGGAAGGUAAGCGCUCCAGAGUUAUCAGUACGGUAUGGGGCCUACCCAGGGGGCAAUUCACUGGUUGAAAUGAUGUCAUUAUGACGUCUUUCAACCAGUUUUGCCCAACUGUGUCUGCUGGGUAGUAACGUCUAACUGUAGCUCAUGCUGUAGUCAUUCAACACAGUCUGAGUGGCCCAGGCCUGAUUUACACUCUCCCCAGGCCUGAUUUACACUCUCCCCAGGCCUGAUUUACACUCUCCCUAGGCCUGAUUUACUCUCUCCCCAGGCCUGAUUUACACUCUCCCCAGGCCUGAUUUACACUCUCCCUAGGCCUGAUUUACACUCUCCCUAUGCCUGAUUUACACUCUCCCCAUGCCUGAUUUACACUCUCCCCAGGCCUGAUUUACACUCUCCCCAGGCCUGAUUUACACUCUCCCCAGGCCUGAUUUACACUCUCCCCAGGCCUGAUUUACACUCUCCCUAGGCCUGAUUUACACUCUCCCUAUGCCUGAUUUACACUCUCCCCAGGCCUGAUUUACACUCUCCCCAGGCCUGAUUUACACUCUCCCCGGGCCUGAUUAUCACUCUCCCCAGGCUUGAUUUACUCGCUCCCCAGACCUGUGUGCCCAGACUGUCUCUCUCCCCAGGCCUGUGUGCCCAGACUGUCUCUCUCCCCAGGCCUGUGUGCCCAGACUGUCUCUCUCCCCAGGCCUGUGUGCCCAGACUGUCUCUCUCCCCAGGCCUGUGUGCCCAGACUGUCUCUCUCCCCAGACCUGUGUGCCCAGACUGACUCUCUCCCCAGACCUGUGUGCCCAGACUGACUCUCUCCCCAGACCUGUGUGCCCAGACUGUCUCUCUCCCCAGGCCUGUGUGCCCAGACUGUCUCUCUCCCCAGACCUGUGUGCCCAGACUGACUCUACCUCUCUGUUUUUUGCUGUGCUCUCUCAGGUCGGUGCCUGCCCAGCCAAUGCAGUGGAUGAUGGACAGUGGUCUCAAGGUCUCAUUUCAGCUGUAAGUGUCACUGUCGUUCCUUAACCAGUAGAUUUGAUAUUUGAACAGAUGAUCAAAAUCUACCUAAAGUAGCACCAUUACUAAGGAAUAUAACUUAUUCAUAUUUAUGGUGGCAUCAUUUCUUGCCUACACAUGUGAAUUAAUAAUAGAGGCAUACUUGUUACCUAACGUCAAUUAAAAUACAUUUUCAUUUAUCUCACAGAUUGAUGGCAAACAGAAUACAUUCACUCUCCCUUUUAAUGCCAACCCUCUUCUCCAACUCUCUGUUCCACUAGGCCCGAAUGGUUGCUGCGGCGACCAGCAACCUGUGUGAGGCGGCCAACUCGGCUGUGCAGGGCCACGCCAGCGAGGAGAAGCUGGUCAGCUCGGCCAAGCAGGUGUCUGCCUCCACUGCCCAGCUCCUGGUGGCCUGCAAGGUCAAGGCUGACCAGGAUUCCCAGACCAUGAAGAGGCUACAGGUCAGAUUGCUAUGUACUUAUAGUACUUCUCCUAUUGUGUGUUGUCGUCUCUCCCCCCCCCCCCCCCGUCAGCUGCUCAGUCUAUACAUACAAAGCUUUGUGACUCUGAGGGGGGGGGGUCAGUUGAUGAUAAACAGUCAGUCAAAAGGUUUUUCAAUGGUGACAGUGGUAAACUUGCUAUGACUCUGUCAUAAAGACUGAGUAUCCCAUAGGGCGGUGACGUUCAGAGACACUGUGUGGGUGUGUUUCUGUUGGUUUGUUUAUCUAUCUCACAGAGUUUUAGCACAGCAGAGAGCUUCUCUUAAAGGCUCAACCAGAGGAUGGGCUGCAUUUUAAAAAUUGUUUUGCCUUAUCCCUCACAGUGAAGCAAUUCCUGAUUUGGUCACAGUGUUUUCCGUUUUGUAUGGAAUGUGUCUUUAAUGGCUACGCACACCUGUCAAUACCCACGGCACCUUUUUUGCCUAAACUACGCCCUUUCCAUUGAUUUUAACUGGGGCUUUUGUCUCUGCUAAAGUUUAGCCCCGCUUAGACCAAUCCUUCUGUGGUGGCUGCAGUUUUUAUUUCUUAGAAAACAGACAGAUUAUUUAUUUUGUUGAGGACCACAGUUGGGGCUCAUUUGGAGGAGGCUGGAGCUGAGAAAUGGUUUCCGAGGGAGGGUGUGAGCGAGAGCGACGUGUCACGGUCUAAAUAAAUGUCUCUAUCUAUUAACGUCCCGUUGCUACAGUAUUUCUAGAAGUGUCCGUUGUUCCAUAAAGAAAAGGACAGGUGAGGAGAUCCAACCUUGCCUGUUGUCUCCAAAGGCCCCAAUCUUUUUUUUCCAAUUGAUAAGUACUGCGAGGUGCCAACUCAUUCAGACCUCAGUAGAAACGUCUCUGUCAGUAUUCUCUUGGUGACACAGCAGAAGAGACAUUUAACUUCCUGUUCAGCAAACUAUCUUUUAGAGGUGUGUCGUCAUGGAAACUCAUCAUUUCACACAAUCCAUAUAUGGAGGGUAUUCUGUUUUCAGAACUGCGUGUGUAAAUCAGAAGUCCAGCCUAUCAAAGCUGUCCCAGCCUUACUGACGUGGGUUAUCCACAGUCAGUCCACUCUCUGGAAAUAGUAAAUCCUGUGUAGUUACAGGAUCUCCCCCCAGCUCUAUGCACACCAACCAGCCAGCCAGCUCAUAUUCUCUCAUCCCAAUCAGCAGAGGCUUAUCUCCUCCUGUUCCAGGCUUGCAGCUGCUGCUGGGUCAUUCCCAUAUAGUUGUGUAUACAGUGUCUCUCGAAACAACAUACAUUGCCUUUGAAAUGUCGAAACCCUAGAGGUCUUUGAUUACUGCCACACUGGAGAAGUUGAAGACUCCACGUUUGUUCCAAUCCCUUUUUGGAAGGCCAUGUAGUUAGUCAACGUUGCCUGGUUAUUAAGCCCGUUAAGAUUGUGUCUACAAUAGAGUCGAUUGUAGUGCUGUGUGAAAGGCCUGUGUGGUAGGUACGUGGUCGCCGCGGGGAGCAUGGGUAUUCCGACUGGCCCUGACAUGAAGUGAAGGCAGCAGGUGGUGUCAGACCAGAGGGGGUUAAAUAGUCAUUAUACAAUGGUUGGUUUGGAAUUCCCAUUGUUAGUCUAUCCUGCCCAUGAUAUACUACACAACAUACAUAUGGCCACAUUCAUAAAAAGUGCCAUAGUUUACGUUGUUAUAUAGCAACGCACUGCUACUACUACAGAUCCGCUGUCUCGUCUGCCCAGCCAUGGAAUUUAUCAACUUGAUCUCCAUUGUAAAAAGCCUCUAGACAUUAUCUCCGACAUUUGCAAUAUUGAAAUUCGAUCUCCACUGUGUCCCGUAAUAAUGAAGGAGUCAGGACGAAACAGACGGGCAGCUUUUCUUAGCCAGUCGAAAUCAUGAAUCACCAUAAUUUUUAUGGAUAUAUACAAAUAAAUGUCAAUAGAAAAACUCGUAAAACGAAACAAAAUGCAGCAAGUUUGCAGUCUUAACACCUUCAGUCUGAAGUGAUUGUGUUAGCUGUGUAGUUGGCUAGCUAGCAAGGGGGGUAGAGCCUCCAUAGCAACCAUUUUUGUUUGCCAUAGUAGUUUUGCUUUACAUGGCAGUCAAUACGAAUAAAACUAACAACCAGAGAGCGCCUAAAAUUGCACUUGCCAACCAGUGUUAGUGAAUGUAGCAUCACGUUUUGUUGAAAAAUGUAUGGUUUGGGAAAUAAUCUUGCUUUUUAAUGCUGGUAACCCGUUGUAUAAAAGCAAUAAUACACUCGAGUCCAUGUGUUAUGACAUUAUUUAUCAUGGCUGUGACGUGGUGAUAGCCACGGGGCAAAUUGCUUAAUUAAGCCAUAUACUGCACAUACCUGACAUACUCGACAAAUGAGUGGACGGAACACUGACAGCAGCGCUGUGGAAAUACACCUCAGGAAAGGAUAGCAAUAAUCUAUUUUUCCCACUGUGUAUGUCAAAUGUAUGAAGCAUAACCACAAAACCACUUGGUUGUACGUGAUAUGUUAGCCUUGGGUAUAAAAAAUAAAACCAUGAACCUUUUCACACUACUGAGCCAAGCCAAAUCUAACUGUACUGCACCAGCCUGGUGACGAUUCCACAAUAGGUGCUGGAAGGGUGCUGGAAAUGACUAUAUGAAAGAAAAAUAACCAAGCCAGCACAAUAUGGUUCAGAUUUGCACGAUAGUGUGAAAGGAGUUAAGUUUGACAGUUGGGUUUUAUCCAAUUCAACCUCCCCCACCGCUAGUUUGGUCAGUACCAGGAAAACAAACCUGCCGUCUUUUACUAGCUAGCAGCUGUUUGGGAUCUGAUGGGGUUGGCUAGCGUUGUGUUUUAUGUCAGGGGCUAAGCUAACAGUGACAUUCCGACCAUAGAGAUAGAGAUAGGGGAGGGAGAAUUGGACAGGAAAACAGCUCUAGCUCUGUCCUUGCCAGCACGGAGCCUCUUUUCUCUCAGCGAAGCCUCAAAAGGAGAAGAAAAAAACCACGUCUCCUUGUUUGAAAUGGGCUGCCAAGUGAGUCUCGGUAAGAAGUAUGUUUUGCUUCAAGUGAACUACGGCGAACAGCUCCUUAUUGCCUUUUAAAGCAAUCCCCAAGCGCGAAGAGAGAGCAGGGUGUUUUUGUCCUUUCCACUAGCUCUGGCCGAGGCCGACAUUUCCUUUCCAGGGGCCACUGUUUAUAAACAGUAAGGCAGGAGAAGUCAUGUUCUUAACCGAAAGCUAUGCGUCAGUCAGUCGCCAGUGUUCUACACCCCUUUGAGAGCCCAAUUCACUUUUAAAAUCCUGUCUGGAAUUUUGUUUUACUUACAGGGCUACAGUAUUGAAAUGUGAUUACACUCUUCUUUAAAAGGCCUGCACACGCUGUGCUGAAUAUCACAGAAAUGUGUGUGUCUGUCUGUAAAAACCUUAAAGUGUCGACGCUUUGGGUUUUGGCUUAGAGUUUGUGUCAACCUGACCCCCACUGUCCAUUCUGAACUUCCACAGGCUGCCGGAAACGCUGUCAAGAGGGCCUCCGAUAGCCUGGUGAAGGCCGCACAGAAAGCAGCCUUUGACGCCCAAGACGAGCAGGCCGUGGUGGUCAAGAGCAAGAUGGUGGGCGGCAUUGCUCAGGUAAGCAGAGGGCUAUGAGAGCCCACUUGAAUUUUCACACAAACUUCCCAUUGAUGUAAGGAUUAUUUCAGUGCAAUAGAGGACUUGGCUUGAAGACAGUGUCAUUCUAUGACACCCAAAUUCACAUUCAGAAUUCCUUUCUUAAAGAUCACAUACUAGGCAUGUUUUGUAUAUCUGUUGAUGUGUGUACCUGUGUUUCCAUGUGCCUAUCUGUUCAUCUAUGUAUGAGAGGAGGUGUGUUCUGGGUGUUAACCAGUUGUGUUCUGUCAGUUAGAUCAGGGUGUUAACCAGUUGUGUUCUGUCUGUUAGAUCAGGGUGUUAACCAGUUGUGUUCUGUCUGUUAGAUCAGGGUGUUAACCAGUUGUGUUCUGUCUGUUAGAUCAGGGUGUUAACCAGUUGUGUUCUGUCUGUUAGAUCAGGGUGUUAACCAGUUGUGUUCUGUCUGUUAGAUCAGGGUGUUAACCAGUUGUGUUCUGUCAGUUAGAUCAGGGUGUUAACCAGUUGUGUUCUGUCAGUUAGAUCAGGGUGUUAACCAGUUGUGUUCUGUCUGUUAGAUCAGGGUGUUAACCAGUUGUGUUCUGUCUGUUAGAUCAGGGUGUUAACCAGUUGUGUUCUGUCAGUUAGAUCAGGGUGUUAACCAGUUGUGUUCUGUCAGUUAGAUCAGGGUGUUAACCAGUUGUGUUCUGUCAGUUAGAUCAGGGUGUUAACCAGUUGUGUUCUGUCUGUUAGAUCAGGGUGUUAACCAGUUGUGUUCUGUCAGUUAGAUCAGGGUGUUAACCAGUUGUGUUCUGUCUGUUAGAUCAUUGCUGCCCAGGAGGAGAUGCUGAGGAAGGAGAGGGAGCUGGACGAGGCCAGGAAGAAGCUGGCCACCAUCCGACAGCAGCAGUACAAGUUCCUGCCCUCCGAGCUCAGGGAGGACGGGCAGGAACAGUGAUGAAACAUACACAUAUGUACACACACACACACACACACACACACACAUAUAUAUAUAUAUAUACAUACACACACACACACAGCGAAGACAAAUCCGAUGUUCAGGGCCUACACACCCAGGCUACAUUAGAGAAAAGAGGAAAACAAAGCAGGAUUAUGCUUGAAGAGGAGCAAUAUUGGGGUGAGAUAAUUAAAAUGAAACGAAAGGGGUAAAAAGUGAAAGUUGUAUUAGGAUGUCUAUUUUAAAUGUGUUUUUUUCUUAGAUUAUUUGUCGUGUUCAAGAGCAUUACAGUGCCACUGUUUUUGUUUUUGGAUAAUGCAAAAAAAUAUAUAUAUGUAUGCAAGUCCUUGAGGUAGUCCUUAAUAGUUUAUGUGAUUAAUUGAGCAUUUAGGUCCUAGAUUGCAUGUGUUCACUGCGGCUUCACCGUUUUUAGUAAAAUCACAUCCUCCUGCCGAUAACUGAUAUUUGCCUUUAACGCUAGCAUGCUAUUAUUUUAGUGAGCACAAUAACUAUCUGUUUGGAGGUGUCCGUUUUCUGUUUUUGGAUUUUUUAAAUGAAGUCACCAGAAGGUGGGCUUACAGCGGAUAAGUCUUGAGUUCAUACCUGACUGA